CAAACGCAGAGGAGCAGCCGGACGCCGGGUUCCCUGCGCCGCCGCCGGAGCUGCCACCCUCGCCCCCCGCCACGCCGGAGAUGCCAGCGCUGGGCGCAGGUAGGGGGGCUCGGCGCGCCUCUCUCCCGCCGGGCUAAUUAGGGAGGGAGAUGCGGGCAGUGGCCCCCGGUGGAGGCGGCGCCUUUGGAGACUAAGCCGGGCACGUUCCUGGAGAGCUCCAGGAGCUUAAUGGAGCCUCCAUCUCCCAGGGCAGUGUACCCUUGAAUGCCAGUUUGCCGGCACCCCGGUUGCGCGAGCAGCUGUUUGGGUGCUGGGAAACUGUAGGGGGCUGCUCAACUCGGCUGACCUCUGAGCUGCCCUGGGUAACAUCCCCACCCCAGCAAAGGAUGGGUGGUAAGUGGACUGGUGGAUCCUGGUAAGGAGGCUCACAGCCCAGUAGGGUCGGCACCUUCUCUUCCCCGACUCAUUCCUCCUUUUAGAGCAUUACAGGCAGAAGUGCAGCAGGCGCAGGGGCUUCCUACUGUUGGGAGCCUGUGCUGUUUGAAAGCUGCACCUGUUGUAUUGCCGCCUGCCACAACCCUCUUAACAGGCAUAAAGUGAGGGAGAGUAGUGCAGGCAAAUUUCUGGUACUGGACGUGUCGGCUGAGAGAAGGUGGGAGGUAGAUGUCCACAUAACCGGAGUAGUUAGGCUUGAUAUGAGCUGGGACUCAGCCGGUUUGAGCACCAGCACCCGUCUUCAGCGGUAUGGCUCAUCAAUGCUGGAUAUGGGAGAAUUUUUUUAUUUUUAAGUGCCUUUCUGAGCAUGUGUAGAGUGCCUUUCUCUCAUUACUGAGUAGCCCCCAAAUAUAUAGGGCUGGUUGGGUGGGGGGCCUGAAGGUCAGAGGUCAUGACUUCCAGGAAAAAAUGGAGCCCCUGGCAUAUUUCUUCCUGCAAAUAGGCACCACUGAGCACAAGUAGGCUGCAGGCAUACCUGGCACUUGUCAAGAUCUGUUUCACUUCUGCCUGUGCCGGAGAGCUGGCUACGCUGAGGUAGAGGUUGCAGCUUUGAGGCUCCCUUAAUACUGGCGGCGAUUCGCAAGAGGCUCUUUGUAUAUCUGUGCAUCUGAUAGCGGAUAUCAUCUGUUUGGUAUGUGCAAUUCGGAUCUGCUUCUAUUUCCAAACGUUAAAAAGAAACAACAGAACCUGCACUUCUGUGGUGCUGGCUGGCGUUUAGCUGCUGCUAUGUGCCAUUGUGUUUGCAUGCGAGAGAGGCUGUAUUCCACAGAGGGGUAGCCAUGCUAGUCUGUUGCAGCAAAGACAACAAAAGAGUGCCGUGGCAUCUUAAAGACCCAACAGAUUUAUGGUGGCACAAGCUUUUCUGGAUGAGAGCCCUCUUCAUCGGCUGCGUGGUAUUGCUAUUUCAGUUGGCAGAUAAUAUACAUGGGCACAGAGGGGAUUCCUACCCCCCCUCCAGUUUCUUAUGUCUCUCAUCAGACUUGCAGGUCUUUAAUGUGACUCAUUUCAUUGAUGGAUGGUGCAGAAGAUCAGUCCAUGAAAUUUGUCUAGACUUCUAGACUGGGAAGUAGGAGGAAAAAGCAUGCUCAAUUGUCUUUUUAAAGUUUAUUUGCUUUUGGCUGUUCGAUUCAGAAACAAAUUAAAAAUUGCAGCAGGGAAAAAGAUACGAGAACAAGUCAUCCAAAAACUAAUCCUGGAGAAAUACGUGACAUUUUGCAGCUGACAAGUUUUAAAAAAAACACACUACAUUUUUUCUUGUUUGUUUGUUUGACAAAAAAGCACCACCUUUCAGCAGAGGUAGGAAACCCUAUUCAGUUUCAGAGAUAACACAGCAAAACAUGUAGAGGAGAAUAUCUUCCUCUUUACGGCACAGAACGGUGUCUCAAAUUGAAAGGAACGUUGCGAUAAUGUCCAUCAAGUACAGCAGAGGGCAGCUGUUGGAACCUUAGCAAUGCAAAAGCAGAUCUCAGUUUAGAACGACAACAAAACAUAGACUGGUCCCAGUUAAAUAAUGUUCAAGGCUGUGCUAAAAUUUUAUUAAUUAAUAACCAGGGUGCUUCAUACCAGGCUGUGCAAAAAUUGUAUUAAUUCAUAACCAGGGUGCUUCUUUAAGAAUGACUACUGAACAAAAAAUUCUCUCUGCUGUUAAAUUCCAGUUUAGCAGCUGGCAGCUUGGAUUCAGGCAAGUAAUUUUAAAGAAGGAAAUAGGGUUGCUUGGGAGUAAAUCCCAUUUAAUUAAACUGGACUUGCUUCUGAGUAGAUACGUACUCUGGGCCUUCUUUCUCCUCCUUGUCAAGGCAAUCCAUCCUCAACUGCGCUGUGGGGGGGGGGAUUCCAGGAGAGAGGGUGGCUGCUGAAGACCACUUCAGGAUCUGCUCCAGCUCCACUUACUUCUCCUGGGCCACCUACCAUCAGUCAACCUGUGGGAAAGAUCCUAAAUAUGCUAAAACUGUUUACUGUGUUUUAAAAAUACCGUAUGUAAUUGUAAGCCACCUUGAAUGGAUUUAUAUCCUGAAGGGCAGCAUAUAAACAGACAUAACGAUAAACAAACAAACAAGCAAAACAGUUAUAUAGAAUUGCACUGUAAAGUGGUUUUCUGGGCUCAAUAGGACAAUUAGGGGAGUUGGGUUGCAACUGCUCUUGGAAGGCUCCCAAGGACAAGCUGCAAUUUGACAUACAUUAUAGUUGACAAGACACUGAUAUAUUUUCAUCUCGGCUGAAGAUGAGUUGGUGCACCAUUGUGAGAGCAGAAUGCAGGACUAGUUAUGGGCCUUUAAUUGAUCCAAGAGGACUCUUGCUAUGUUCUUAUUUCCAGUUUCAGUUCGCCACAACACUCUCAAGAUGGAUCUUGGGGUUUUGUUUUGGAAAUGUUUCAGACCUGAGGGUCUACAAAUGCCCCAGACUACUGCCCCAUGGAAGGUGUGCAGGAAUGCUUGCUUGCCUCUGUGGAUACUCUAAAAAUUAUGAACCACAUAUAUGGAUUUAUCCAUUUUCAUCUGAGCUAGAUCCAGUUGUGUUUUCUAGUUAUCCAAUUAGGGAACAGGAUUUCCAAAUAUUGAUGAGUUAUGGCUUGCUUAAUUUUAUGAGUCAGUGUGCUUAACUUUGAGCCCCAAAGCAUCAGACCCUCCAAGUGUCCUGUUUUCAAGUGACGUCCCUGAUUUAGAGAAGCCGUUCCAGUUUAUUAUAAUAAUAAUACUUUAUUAUUUAUACCCUGCCCAUCUGGCUGGGUUUCCCCAGCCACUCUGGGCGACUCCCAACAUAAUAUUAUUAUUAAUAAUAAAGUGAUAAAACACCAAACAUUAAAAACUUCCAGGCCUUCAGAUUUCUUCUAAAAGUCAGAUAGUUGUUUAUUUGCUUGACAUCUGAUGGAAGGGCAGGCACCACUAUCAAGAAGGCCCUCUUACUGAUUUGAUCCCGGAAUGUCCCACUUUUCCUUAGGAUGUCGCUAUUUUCAUUGGAGAAAUGUUGGAGGGUAUGAAACAUUAUUUACUUAUUAUAUUUUGCCUUUCCACCAAAUAGUGCUCAAGAUGCCUAGGAGCAAUAUAAAUAUUCACCUUAGUUUUGCCAUAGUUUACGUUAAGAUCAUUUUUUUUACAGCAAUAUCCACCUCAGAUGGUUAACCGUUGUUAUAGCCUACCCUUGCAUAGAUGAGAGAGAAGGGACUGCAUUGGUUUCUUUAACCAUCCGUUGAAGCAGCCUUUCUCAACCUGUGGGUCCCCAGAUGUUGUUGGACUAUAACUCCCAUCACCCCAGAUCUCAGGGAUGAUGGGAGCUGUAGUCCAACAACAUCUGGGGACCAGCUCAGGGAUGAUGGGAGUUGUAGUCCAACAACAUCUGGGGACCCACAGGUUGAGAACUGCUGCGUUGGAGGAAGGAGAGAGCUUGUUAUCGCCAAGUGCACCUGUAGUUUCAUUUAUAGAAAAGGUUAAAAGAAAUCGAGCGAGACUGCAUUCUUGUUUUACUCCCCAAGUGAUUGGCAUAUUAUUUGCUAAUAGCCCAGAGGCUGCUGUCUGAAUAUAGAACCUUUUUUUUAACAGUUGGCUAUCUAGACUGGUUCAGAAAAGGCUUCCCUCAACUUUUCCUGAACCAUUGUAUCAAAAGCAGCCUUUAAAAAUCCUCAAAAGCAGCAUACUGUGUAAGGCUGCCUUCUUAAUAUGAAAUGCAUUUAUUUACUCAAGGUAUAAUAAGUCCAACAUAAUUGUUCGAAGCAGGGUACAGUGGUACCUCAGGUUAAGUACUUAAUUUGUUCCGGAGGUCCGUACUUAACCUGAAACUGUUCUUAACCUGAAGCACCACUUUAGCUAAUGGGGCCUCCUCCUGCUGCUGCUGCUGCUGCUGCGCUGCCAGAACCCGAUUUCUGUUCUCAUCCUGAAGCAAAGUUCUUAACCUGAAGCACUAUUUUUGGGUUAGCAGAGUCUGUAACCUGAAGCGUAUGUAACCUGAGGUACCACUGUACACUAAUCUGAAGCUAGAAGACAUCAGGGUUGUAUCCAAUAAGGUAAUCCAACUUGUGCAAGGGCUUUUGCUUGUGCAAUUGGACUUCCUUUCCUCUGCUUCUUUCACCCCAUCCAAUCUGUUCCAGUGGUUCCCUCACCCUCUGGGACUCAGGGAGAGAGGAGUUCACGGAUAGGAAUUGCCAUUGUGGAGGUGGAAGUCCUUGCACUAAUGGAAUUACCAGGUUGGCUAAAACAAGAGAUGUCAAACAAUUACCAGUAUCUUAGAAAUGGGAGUGGAAAUUGCCACCAUUUGCAUAUUCAUCAGGAAUGGAAAUUAUUCAAGCAAAUACAAGAGGUACUUGCUAUUGUUGGUUUUGAGUCCACAAACGUUACAGAAAUCACUGUGUUAUUUUCUGCAUUGUGCUUGACGCUUCCCUUCCAUUGCAAUACACUGAAGUUAAUUAUGUACCUAAUUAAUCAAGCAAGAAGAAUAAUGUAGGCUUUACUGGAAGCUGAAAUGUAGCAGAACGGGAACAGCGCUGAUUGCGAUGAAAACAGGAUGGCCUGGAAAUUACUGCCUCCUCACAUCCCUCGAUACAACCCUGUAUCGGUCUGAGUCUUUUGACAAUUUCAACAACUGAUGUUUGGCUUAGAAUUUUGCUGUUACGUCAGUCAAGCUAAUAGGUCUAUAAUUAGAGAGCAUAAUACAAUUAUAAUAACCAUUGUUGUUUCCAGAAGAAAAGGGGGGGGGAGAGAGGGAGAUUACAGAGCAUUCUAUUUGUUUAACAAUAAAAUUAACACAAAAAGGGUCCUGACACAAAACAGCGGCACUUGAGCCAACUUUGUAGUGCUUUUGAGGGCUUGCAUGGGACUCUUAUUUUCCCUUUUCCUACCCUCUUGAAAUUUUCCUCUGCUGUCCUGUGAGCUAAGGGGAACCCGGAGUGGAGAAGAUUUCUUAAAGACUUGAUGUAGUGCAUCCCUGGGGCAGCUGCGUGCUCUUCUUUCUAUCUGAUCUGAUUGUUGGCUCUACCAAAUAUUAGAAGUUUUUGAACUGACACCUUCAGAAUUCAGUGGCUUGGCUGCGCCCAACCAUCAAUUAUUUUCUAAGAUUCGCGCAAUCUACUUGAAGUUCUUUUUUUGCUUUUUAGAAGAUCCUUCUCCCUGCAUCCCCAAGUGAGAGAUGCAUUGUAUUCCCAGUCUUUAGCAGAUCCCCCCCCCCCCAGUUUACGGAAGCCAAGCAAGCGGCAACACUUGGGGGAGCGCUCCCACUGAGUUUGGCAAGUGCUGGAGUGAUCCUGCAUGCCGGUGGCUCCCUCCCGCCCUGGGGGAAACCGAUCAGCAAUUCUUGGAGGAGCACCCUGGUUCCAGCUGAGUCUGGUGAGAACUCAGGUGGCAAAAUGGUAUGGGCUGCCCCCGUAAGUUAUCUUUUAUGUGCCAGGCAUGUCCAAAGUCAGGGGCCUAAUCCGGUCCACCAGUCGAUUAAAUCCGGGCCCCGUGGCAGUAUGUAAAAUCCUAAAAAAAGCUCAACAACUAAACUACCUCAUUCAAAAAAAACUACCUCAUUCCAAAAAAGCUCAACAACUUCAUCAAAUCUGGCCCUUUUUGAAAAAAGUUUGGGUACCCCUGUUUUAUGCAGUUUGUCCACCAUCAAUUAUUGUCUCAUGAGGAAUCUCUCAUAAGCCUAAAAUACCUAAUGGAGGCAUCGUGGGGGGUUUUUUGUUUUGGAAAUCCUAAGGACAUUUGCUAAUGCAGGUAAGUUUCCUUCACACGAGAAGAUGGUUGCCAUAGGUCCUCUUUUUCCAGGACACGUCCUCUUUUUCUUGGGUAGAGUCAUCAUAGCACACGUUGGCAAAUGUGUCCUCUUUUUUGCACUUCAAAAUAUGGCAACCCUAGCAGUGCUAAUCUUUAAAGCAGCAUCAGCUCUCCAGGAGCAAAUUCAAGCCCACUGAGCCCCCACCCCACCCCCAUGAUUCCUUCACAGACAACUGUAGAAUUUCUACUUUGUCAAAGCAGUCAAAUUGUUUCUUUCUAGGUCCCAGCCAAAUUUGGGAGUCAUGGUCUCUGCAAAAUUAGUAGCCAGCCAUCAGUGCCCUCUGAAGAACCAUCAUUGGCUAUUUACGAAACAAAAACUUAGAGAAAAAGAUCAUGGCAUCUCAUUUGACGAGCAUGGUGAUAAAAUUACCCCUCAUUGUUUUCUAGAUUGCCGCUUCAUUCAUAUUUGUUGUUAUUUUAAUAUGCUAUAAAAGGACAAAUUCUGUUCUUUCCACUUAACUGGAUUUCUCAUCUGCAUUUCUGUAAUUUUCCAUUCUUUCCUGCAGGAACAUUAUGUAGAAGUAAUUUCCACUGAAAUUACUGGGAUAUUCUACUUAUAAGGGCUUAGGUUAUGUAAACUGAAGUGACAGUGCGGAAUGGCAAGAUAUAUGGAUCUGCACAUCGCAGCGCUUGACAGCCUAUGUAGUGCACUGUGAGCCAAUAAAUUUCUGGUUCAGAUCUCACUUGGGGGUCUUAAACAGUCCACUGUUUUAUGCCUGUGCCCCCCACCCCCGGGCCGGUUGAAUAUUUAUUUAUUUUAUAGAUUCCCACCACAAUCUUCAAAUAAAAUUAUUUUCAGGGCAGCAGUACGGAAAUAACCACUUGGAGAAUUAGUUUUCCCUCACAGCAUGUCAGCUUGAGGUAAGCUUAUGCAUUACUUCAUUUUCAACAGGGCUGGCCCAAGAGAUUUUGCUGUCUGAAACAAAGAACAAGAUGGCAUCCCCUUCUAUUCCAUGUAACACCAUCAGGAUUGAUCGCUGUCUUACUUUUGCCCUUGUGAUGGCAUAGCAUCCUCCACUGCACUGAGGCAGCGGACUAGUUUAGGGGAUACUGGCUAGACGACCCAGCACAUACGACUCUAUUCACUAACAUGUUGUUGCUGCUGCCUACCCAUAGACCCUUUUAUUAUUUUGGAAGAGGGUUAUCAUGGUUUUGGACUCCUAAAAAUCCUGUGGAAAUUGUGCAAGACUUGUCUUCCUAUCUUUUGCACAUUAGAAGGCAACGGAAAUUCUAUUGAUUCCCAUCUGUCUGGAUGUUUCUCAUCCAUGUCCAAUAUCUUAAAUUACCACUUUGUUUAACAUUUAAUCCAGAAUGUCCUGCUGUUGCUGUGGUAUCUUGUGGACCAUUCUAGUUCUAAUGAGAUCUUACUCAUUCUCGUUGGCAGAGGAAAAUAAAGUUCACAUAGUUCUCUUGCUGCUAAAUGACUACUAUAAAUUUAAUUGGUGGUGACUCUGUUUUAAUUAUCGGUAUUUGCUCAUUUUACUUUUUGCAAUGACAUGGCUAAUAGCAAUAAAGCUGAGGCAGUGAAACAGGGGGGAAAUACCUUAAAGGGAUUUUAUCAUCAAGCAGUAGGACCGAGAUUCAAGAAGCAACUCCUCUGGUAACAACCCUGUGCUCACUUAACCUGGGAGUAAGCCUCAUUGACCAUAGUGGGACUUAUUUCUGAAUAAACAUGCAUUGUGAGAGAGGAAAUAGGGAAAUGCUGCAGAACCAUUCACAAGAGGCUGAAGAGAAGUGAAUUGAUAUGUGUCAGGCUUGUUAAUAAGGCUUCAUUGAUAUACCAAUCCCUGAUUCCCCCUUCAGCAGCUCACAGACUAUUUUCAUACCUGGGCUGAGGAGUUCAAAGAGAUCAAGCUGUUACUAAGGGCUUUUGAUGUUCCUUCUGAUAAAUGAGCAGGGGAAGGUAGCAAUCAACCAAUCAAUAAAAUUCUAACAAAUUUCAAUAGAAAAACUAUGGGGGAAACUCUAGUUCUCAAUGGCUCCAUUCAUACAUACAUUAUUUUAACAUGAUAUGUUCAACAAAGCCAUUAUUUUAACAUGAUAUGUUCAACAAACCACAAGUCUUUUCAUAUGCGAACAAAGAAGCCAUGGUUUGUUUCUCCAAACCUUGCUUUGUUUUCCAGCUUCUCUUGCCUCAUGGUUUUGUAACCUGAAGAGCACUUGAGGGGGGGUGGCUAGCUAUAAACAAACCAUGGUUACACAAGAUUGUUGAGUUAGAACAUAAACCAUGGUUAAAACACAUCAUGAUCCUUAAGCCAGCAACAAACCAUAAGCUUAUUGUGGUUUGGCAGAAAACAAACCAUGGUUAGUAUGCUAGGCUGAAUAGGUAGUCAUAGUUGAGCUAAAGACACUAUGGCUUAGCAUUACGUAUAAACCAGGAAACUGAGGUGGUGAACCAGGGGUUGCCAAUAUUUUUGGCCCCUUGAGUGAAUUUGAAAGUUUGAGAGACCAUUGUGGGCACUUUCUCCUCAGGUAGCUUCUCCCUCCCCUCAACAGACAAAAGAGAGAAUAUGUUUCAUGUGCACAUGCACACACUAUUUUUCUAUGGGGGCUGGCUAAAUGUUGGAUCCAGCAGAAUUAAAACAAAUUUGCAUGGGGUCCACCAAAAACCACCAUCAGAUCAAAACUUGUUUCAGCAGACUGCAGAGUAAAAAAAUCACAAAUCUGGUGCUUGUGAGCACCACAGAAACAUUAAUCCUAGCCAGGCAUGAAUCCUUUUUGAGCUCCAUGAUUUUACAUAUUUUGACUGAAAAAUCGCUAAAAAUAAUAACCACAAAGCACAGGUCACAGGUCAUUUGAUGGUGGUUCUGAGGGAAAAAUUAGGAGGAUCUGUAAGGAUCUAUAUUUAUGUACAAUGGCAUUGUUGGUAAACACCAGAUCUGCAAUUUGAUGGCUCAGGCACCAGAGAUAGGUGUGAUCUGCAUUUCAAUGGUGGUUGAAACCCUAUGAAAAAAAUGUGAUAUCAAGGGGAUCUGUUUUACUAGAUUUGACUUGUGUGUGUUUGUGUAUGCAUGUGCUUACACACUUUCUCUCCCUCCCCCCCGACAUUUCAUAUUCUUUCUCCUGAUUCCUAUGGCACCUCAUUUUCUCCCCUCUGCUCCUCCUGACUUCUAUUUUUCUCCUCUCCAUCUCCCUGAUCACUUUGUUUCCCCUCCUGCCCUCUCAGUUGCUCCACUUUCUGCUCAGCUAUUCAAGUACUGAACUGAUCCCUGAACAACACAGAGCUGAAAGCGGAAUGGGAGCAGCAUCACACUUCCUCCUUCCCCUCUGUAUUCUUUUCGAGAGAGAAAUGUACUGUAUCUAUAACCACCUCAGGACAAAGCCGGAGGUGGAUAAGGGCUGGCUUGCAAGGGAGGCGGGCGCACUCAGAGGCUUCACAGGCCCUUGAGAAAUUGUGAGGUUCCCCGGGUUAUUUGCAGUGAGGAGGGGAUGUGUUAUAAAUGUGCUUUAAAUAAAUGGUGUGCACACAGCUGUAAUCACUGAAGGUUACUCUCCUAAGACCAGUGCUUCUAAAAAAAAAAGUUUUGGGGUACUCUAAUUUUGACUCAAGAAAAUCACAAUUUUAUAGUUCAGAUCGGGGGAAUAAAUACAGUAAAUGGGCAAAAGUACAAAGAUUCACAAGAUGUUUAGGGGUAUGCGUACCCCUGAGUACCCCCAGAAAAAAGCACUGCCUAUGACUAUUUGUUCCUCCAUAUAAGAAAUAACCACCACCCCAGCAUUUAGAAAACUUGCAUGAUAGUUUUCUUCAAUAACGGCAGUUGUUUUGGUUCCUCCCAAUUAAGUUUUCAGCCCAGUUUUAUUAUCAUUAUUUUUAUUAUUCCAGAAGAUUGCUUGCACCAGGGAAAUGAUCAUUCUUCUGGACUUCUUAAGAAUAUUUGAUAUACAAUCAACCAGGGUAACUUUAUGGGCCAUGUCACAUGAAUGGGUGUAGGCGGCUGUAUUUGCAGGUGGCACCAGUCAGAUGGGUGGUGUAUAAAUAAUAAAAUAAUUCUUCUUCUCCCUGGAGGGCAGGAGCAGACCCAGAAGAUGGUGUUAGGAAGACUACCAGUUUGCUGUUUUGUCUUUGGCCUACGCAGUAGUGAGGUUUUAACCUUGUCCUCUGUGCUGUUCAAUGUCUGCAUUAAACCGCUGAAUAGUGAAGUUAGACCGAGAUUGGGCAUAGUCUUCUACGUGGAUCUCCUGGUGAUCUGGCUCGUUUUCUUCUGCCAUAAUAAAGAUAGACAACUAAAUUGUUUCCUGCUCAUUCCUUGCUCCUCUUUCCUCUGUCUCCCUCCUUGCCAAAACUUCUCAGGUCAUCUCCCUUUUGUAACAUCAUGCUACAAACCACUAUAGUAUUGCUGUUUAGACAACAGCCCUCAACAUACAGUUAUAAGCAUGAUGUUUUUUUUAUGGAGAUCUGGAUUUCCCCUGCCGAGGAGAUGCUAGGUUUUCGGUUUUCCUUCUCUUUUUCCUCUUCAAAAUAUCCGCCUCCUUCAUUUCUUGCUUUCCCUCUGACUCUCUCUCUCCUUCUUCCUUGGUUGUUCUCUAGCCCUCCUGACAACCUGCCGUGUCUCCCCAGGAGUUUCCUGCCCUUGCGCUGUGUAGAUCCAGCCCUAACUGUGAGCUGUUCUUAUUUUUGUCAUUUGAAGUGUGUCUCAGGAGAGCAAAGGAAAUAGCAGUUUAGAUUUGGAGGAUUUUUUUGUUUUAAAGCAAGGGGAAGAGUGGUUCGGGGACAAAUCCUGUAGCCUCUGGAGACAGGGUGGCGAGUUUAUGCUGGCACAGAAAGAGGAGACGCCUGUGCUCAGGAGGCCAAACAACCCACAACUGGCAGAGAGAAGAGGAUGUUUUCUCGGAAACGUAGCUUUACCUUUGGAGUCUGUGAAGGGUAUGUACCUAUACAGGUUCUGGCUGACCCUGUUGCAUGUCCUUCCUGCUGCAUCUUCCAGGAAAAGAAGGGUGCUGGAUUUACCGUAUUUUUUGCUCUAUAAGACUCACUUUUUCCCUCCUAAAAAGUAAGGGAAAAUGUGUGUGCGUCUUAUGGAGCGAAUGCAGGCUGCGCAGCUAUCCCAGAAGCCAGAACAGCAAGAGGGAUUGCUGCUUUCGCUGCGCAGCAAUCCCUCUUGCUAUUCUGGCUUCUGAGAUUCAGAAUUUUUUUCUUUCUUGUUUUCCUCCUCCAAAAACUAGGUGCGUCUUGUGGUCUGGUGUGUCUUAUAGAGCAUUUACGAAAAUUUGGGGGAACUUUCAGAAGAAUGAGGGGUUCCUCGAGUCUUUUGGGAAGGGGAGUGAGCUGGAUUGCUCUCGCCUUCCAGCAUGCAAUGCCUAAAUCUUCAGGUCUUCCUUUCCCCCCUCUUUCUCCCCUUCCUCUUGGUUUUCGAAAAGAUGUCUUGUUGUACGCAGUUAUUUCCAAAGACAGGGAAACAGCUGAGUCUGCAUUUCUCACAAGACUUGCUUUCAGAGCAGAAAAGGGGAGUUCUAUAGACCCACAGCUGAAAAUCGCAUCUGGAGAAUAGUCCUAUCGGUACCGUGGUAUUCUGUGGAACGUGAAAUGCUAAAUAUUUCACUGAAAUUUCAUAGGACUUGGGCAGGCCUGUCGCCAGAAAUAUUUCAGUGAGGGGGCCUAAUGGUAAACUGGGAGAAAGGAGCAUUAAUGUAGAGCAGCCAGGAUCAAGAAACAAGUAUGCUCAAAGUUAUUUGAUGUGGAUGUAGUAAAAUUAAAUGGUUAUAAAGUCUAAAUAUAUAAGUACUUCAUGUUUGACAGUAAUCCCAGUGUUGCUCUACUCUCUUAGCAGCCAGAAUAUUGGGAACUGAGAGCAGUUUUAUUCCCUAUUGAGCAACUAAGAGUGCAUACACAAGGUACUUUUGAAGCACAUUUUCCUCCUCAAAGAGUUCUGAGCACUGUAGUUUGUGCAAGGUGCUGGGAAUUGUAACUCUGUGAGAGGUAGAUUACACUGCCCAUAUUUCUUAGAGGGGGAAAAAUGAGCUUCAAAUGUGCUUUAAAGGUGCAGUAUAGAUAAAUUUUGCCUACACAUUUCACCCAUAUAUUAGCAUAAGAAAAAGAAUCACAUCUCUUUCUCCACCUUCAUGAAAUAGGAAUAUUCCGGGGAGGGCCUGGAAUAUCCCUCAAUUCCCACAGGCCUCUUGUGGUUACAAACCUGGAUUUUGGUUUAUAAUAAGGGUAUCUGGAGUUUGCGAGUCACAGGACUGUAUUAUGGCUAAGGUUGUGAACUGUGAAGCAAUUCAAAUAUCACUUUAACCACAAACUCAGGAAGGGGAACCUAUGACCUUCCAGAUAUUAUCGGAGUACAACUCCCAUAAUUCCUGUCCAUUUGCCAUGCUGGCUUUGUCUGAUGGGUAACAUCUUGAGAGCCACAAGUCCUAUCCACACACUACCAACUUAAUAGCAUUUUAAACCCACUUUAAUAGCAUUUUUAAACCACAUGGCUUAUCCUCAAAGAGUCCUGGGAACUGUCCUUUAGUAAGAUGCUGGGAAUUAUAUCUGUCGCUGUGUCCUAAUUCCCAGGAUUUCAUAGGAAGAAUCAUGAUUAGCGUGGCUAUAUGCUAUUGCUCAGCCUUGCAGCUAUAUAAGAAGGUGAUAACUUUAAAUAAUGUGUGUGAUGCACUUUGAACACUGAAAAAGUGUCAUAAAAUGUUUAUUAUAUAUUGUUAUAUAAGGCUGUCAAUUAGAUAUACCGACCAGUAAAACCACAUUCUGGCAGUUAUCACAAAUACUUAAAGACUUGAGAAGCUAGUAUACUUUAGAGGUAGUACAACAAGGUUUUUUUUAUUUUCUAUUUUGCUAUUGGCUCUUCCCAUCCUUUACUCUGAUCAUUCCGUGCAUCAAGGCUUCCCCUCCUAGCCCACCUUGGCUCCAGGGCUCCAGUAAUGUUUCAAAUCCAAGCUAGCAACUUUAAAAAGAACUGCAAUAGAUUUAGAGCUUGCCUCUGGGAUUUGUACCUGGGUGACUUUUAGUUGUCCAGCUGUUUUGGUUUGAUAUCCCAGAUGUUUUAAAUCCACAUUGCAAAGCAAGCAAUGAGCAACUUAAUUUGCAUAAGACCCUAAUUAUUAACCCAUGUAAAUGAAUUGUGAUUAUGUGUGCAUUUUUUCCUGUGCUUAUUUGUGUGGGAGGAAUGUUCAGGUUCUUUCAGGAAAGCCUCUAAGUGAGUUUACUGGAAGCAGUAAUUACCCCUUGCUGUGCAGCCUCUAUAUUACCGUCUUUCAGUAUUACCAUCAUCAGUGAGAAACAGAUGUUGAAGGGAAAACUGAUUUCUACCUCUGCAUUGUGCUUCUAUUAAUGCAGAUAGAUUCUCAGAAUAUCUCAGCUGCAGUUUGGUCACUUAAGAUCAAACAGAAUGCAUGUCACACUGAGUCUCAGAGUCGCCCAGUCCCUAAAAUGGUAAUGGUACCAAAAGUGGGAAGUUGUGCACCCUGGCAUUCUCUGUGCAGCCGAGUCACACUCAGAUACAGGUCUUAUAAAACUAGAUGAGUUCUCUCACUGUUUUGGUAAAUGGCCUCCAAGAGUAUUCCCCAGCUACUGCUAAUGUUUAUUGCCCAAGGAGUUUGUUACUCGCUAUUUACUGUCAUGUGACUUCUGGGAUCAGGGUAUCAUUUAUUUUACAUGGCAUUCCUUAUGCUUCUGCUUCUUGUUAAAAUUUGGAAAGACUCUGCUAUUGUAUGACUAAUCAAGUAAGAUAAUUUAUGUCGUAAAAACUCUUGGGAUCCUGCAAACACAUCUUGCUCAUUCAUCUACAGUGGUACCUUGGUUCUCAAACACCUUGGUACUAAAAUAACUUGGAACCCAAACACUGCAAAUCCAGAAGUGUGUUUCCGUUUGCGAACCUUUUUCGGACGCAGAACAUGCUCUGAUUUGAGUGCUACAUUGAGGUCUGUCUGUUUUUGCUAUUUAUUUUGCGUUUUUGUUUUUGCGGCUACUGAUUGAUUGUGUGACUGCAGUACAUUGUUUAUUGUUUUCAUUUUAUGGAUCACUGGUCUCGUUAGAUAGUAAAAUUCAUGUUGAACUGCUGUUUUAGGGGUUGUUUUUAAAAGUCUGGAACCGAUUAAUCCAUUUUGCAUUGCUUUCUAUGGGAAAGUGCACCUUGGUUUUGGAACACUUUGGUUUUGGAACGGACUUCCGGAACGGAUUACAUUUGAGAACCAAGGUACCACUGUAGAUGCGCAUAGAUACAUACACACACGUAGUGAACUGUUGGGCUAACAGCAGGUCACCAAAAGAACUAUAUGCUAUGGAACUCUGUUGACUUAAUUCUCUUUUGGGAAUUGUUCCAAGCCUUUUUUUCUUUCACAGAACUCACAUCUUCCCUUUGUAAAACCUACCGGUGUGAUUUCUAGGAUUUUUCCUUUAUUUAGCAAAGCAGAACACAACACUUGUAGUUCAGGUUUAUUCUAAUACUCGGCUGUAACCAGGCAUGAGGAAGAAGGGAUCAAGAAUUAGCUGAGCCAAGUCAAAGUGGUGGAAGACCGGGAGAGGUGUUUGUGUGGAGUCCUGUUUGGACAUAACAAGGAAAACGGCAGUGGAACCACCGAAGGGGUAGAAGGAAUAGUAUGGGGCAGCUUGGCUGCCAGUACAGUGGUACCUCUGGUUACGUACUUAAUUCGUUCUGGAGGUCCGUUCUUAACCUGAAGCACCACUUUAGCUAAUGGGGCCUCCCGCUGCUGCUGCGCCGCCGCCGCCGCCCGAUUUCUGUUCUCAUCCUGAAGCAAAGUUCUUAACCCAAGGUACUAUUUCAGGGUUAGCGGAGUCUGUAACCUGAAGUGUAUGUAACCUGAGGUACCACUGUACUAAAAUGGAAGGUGGAAUGCAGCAGUAGGCUGGAGGGAAUUUUACAAGUAAAAGCAUGGAAGUAGGAUCACUUAGGACUCACUGUGAACACUGUGCUAGAGGAUUUCUAGGUUAGCAUUUGAAAAAAACAACUUGAUUCACUGGGCAGAUAAGUCUGGUAAUAAUAAUAAUAAUAAUAAUUUAUUAUUUAUACCCCGCCCAUCUGGCUGGGCUUCCCCGGCCACUCUGGGCGGCUUCCAAAAAAAUAUUAAAAUACUAUAAUACAUCAAACAUUAAAAGCUUCCCGAAACAGGGCUGCCUUCAGAUGUCUUCUAAAAGCCUGGUAGUUGUUGUUCUCUUUGACAUCUGGUGGGAGGGUGUUCCACAGGGAAGGCGCCACUACCGAGAAGGCCCUCUGCCUGGUUCCCUGUAACUUGGCUUCUCGCAGUGAGGGAACCGCCAGAAGGCCCUCAGUGCUGGACCUCAGUGUCCGGGUAGAAUGAUGGGGGUGGAGACGCUCCUUCAGAUAUACUGGACCAAGGCCGUUUAGGGCUUUAAAGGUCAGCACCAACACUUUGAAUUGUGCUCGGAAACAUACUGGGAGCCAAUGUAGGUCUUUCAAGACCGGUGUUAUGUGGUCUCUGCGGCCGCUCCCAGUCACCAGUCUAGCUGCCGCGUUCUGGAUUAGUUGUAGUUUCCGGGUCACCUUCAAAGGUAGCCCCACGUAGAGCGCAUUGCAGUAAUCCAAGCGGGAGAUAACCAGAGCAUGCACCACUCUGGUGAGGCAGUCCGCAGGCAGAUAGGGUCUCAGCCUGCGUACCAGAUGGAGCUGGUAAACAGCUGCCCUGGACACAGAUUUGACCUGUGCCUCCAUGGACAGCUGUGAGUCCAAAAUGACUCCCAGGCUGCGCACCUGGUCCUUCAGGGGCACAGUUACCCCAUUCAGGACUAGGGAAUCCUCCACACCUGCCCGCCUCCUGUCCCCCAAAAACAGUACUUCUGUCUUGUCAGGAUUCAACCUCAAUCUGUUAGCCGCCAUCCAACCUCCAACCGCCUCCAGGCACUCACACAGGACCUUCACUGCCUUCACUGGUUCUGAUUUGAAGGAGAGAUAGAGCUGGGUAUCAUCUGCAUACUGAUGAACACCCAGCCCAAAUCCCCUGAUGAUCUCUGGUCUGGUACUGUUUUGUGUCUGGAGUUUCUGGCAUAUGCUUAUGUGGAAAAUACUACAAACAUAUACCUGUGUUAACUGGCCUGAUCAGGGGCGGGGGGGGGGACAGGGUGUCAUAUUUCUCAGUUAACAUUGAGAUUUUGGGGUUUGAUCUUGAACCCAUAGUCAGCUGCGAUAUUUUCUUGGAAAUAUAAUAUGAUGAUCACCCUCCACUGAUUUUGAAAGUGUGGGCCAAGGGUCUUAUGAAGUGCAAGCAUAACAAUUCUUAGACUUGUAAGUAAAGGUGGGAGUCAACAUCUGGGAGGGACGGUAUGACUAAACGGAACAGAGGACCUGCCUGCUACAUUGGGAAUUUUAUGGUGCUCCAAUUAGAGUUGUCUCCUUUUCAUGCAGGAGGACUGAUGAGGCAGAGCGCUGCAUCAGUGACACCUUAGACUCACCUGUCCAGGACCCUGAGGCUGCCCUUAAUCCAGCUGUUCAAAAUAAGGUAAGAGGCUGCAGAAUCCUUCUUUUUAAAAAAAAAAACUAGAAUCCUUGCAGUCAGGUAUUCAGUGAGUAAGGGUGUGGACUGAAUCAGCUCUCUCAACCAACUGGUGUGCAUGUAGUCAGCUCUGUGCACAUAGUCCUGGCCAGGGCCGGCCCACCCAUUUGGUGAGGUAAGGCAGUUGCCUUAUGCAGCAGAUCUUGCCUCCAGUGAGUGUGCUGCUCACCACCUCUGCCACUGCCUCAUCUCCACCCACCAAUGUCUUCUCCUCUAUAGCCUCCUUUUACUCCCCCACCACCUUUGUGGGGAGGUCUGUGGAGCAAGAUGUAGGGAGCUGUGGAGGAAGAGGUGGCGGUGGUAGGUGGACCGGCAUUUUCUGUUUUGCCUGAAGUGGCAAAACGUUCUGAGCCAGCCCUGGUCCCGACUGUUGAAUUGGACUGGUGAAUUGCACAAACACCACUGUUUAAUUGGUGCCGCUCUCCUACAGCUAGGGACAUACAGAGAAUCCCUUUUCAAUACACAUGCGGCCCCUGGUUGGAUCAGAACAAGUAGCAAGGGUUGUGCUUUUAGAUGGGAAAACUUCUAGACUGUAAUAGAAACUUUUCCUCAGCUUAACAGAUAAAUUACUAUCUGAAUAAUAAAGGUGAUACUGAUGAAUUGCUUUUUUAAAAAGUGAAAGAUUCAUAAAUCACAAGAAAUUAGAAUAUGUGAGUACUAUUUUUCAGUCUGGUUUCUGAAUAAUUAGAGUUUAUGCAAUAGUUUUUCUUUCAUGCCUAUUUCUGUAACAGUGAAGAUCAGGAAGUAUUUAUUUUAACAUCAAUGAUGAGAAAGUCUCAAUCUUAUGAAGAGCCUUGCAGAUUCAAGUUUUGGGGCACGUGUAAAGGGCAAAAUAUUAAGCAUCAUAUAAUUUCACAAAGAAUAAAAGUCUCAUUUACAGAGAUCUCGAUCAAAAUUUGUGACCUUGGAAAUUCAUUUCUUAUUUCUCACAGGCAGUGGAUUUGUUUGAAAUGAUUGAAAAAAUGCAGGUAUGGUUUGCUUAUUCCAUCAAGUUUCAGCUUUCUUAGUGUUGACUCACUUUCUAUGCAUUAAAUCUGCUGUGAGAUUGUACCUCCAUUGCAACACUGCUGUCGUGUAAAAACCUGCUGUCUCUCAUUCCAGUCCUGUCCUGUCCUGUCCCACCCCCCACCCCCCACCCCCACCCCCAGUUCUACAGCACCUUCUGCUAACCAGUCUUGUUUACCUCCAUUCAGAAAAUGUAUUUAUCUCUUCCCCUUGUUAUAAGAAAAAACUGCUCCUUUUCCCUUAUGGGGUAUCCAAGAGCCCAUAUAGAGUCCUUAAGUGGGUUCCCUAUUGGUAGGAGAAAAUAACAGAGGCCAACCAGAGUAUAUUGCAAAGCAAAGCGGCUAGUAAGCCUGAUCUUUAUUAACUGUUGCAACAGGGUCCCUACUCACCACACGCAGGAGGGAGAAGAGAACCCAGAACAAUGGUGCAUAAGUCCUUAUAUAGACUUUUGAAAUUGCCCACCCUGUAGCCCAAGACCACCCCUCUAAAACAUCAUACAUACAUCACAGAAGGAGGCAGUCUACAGCAGAAGUCCUGUCUGCCAGGAUACUUGAUAUCGGUCACUGAUGGCUUUACCUGGGCAGCCUGGCCAUUCUUUUGUGGUGGCAAAUACUUUAGUUCCUGAAUCCGGAUCACAGGCUCACCCUAUUCAUACACAAAUACGCCCUUAAGACAGAAUUUGUAAGCAAAAGACAAUGGGGAGGCUUUCCCAUUUCCUUUCUCCUAACAGAGAAAUAUUUGAGGUCAAUUUGGGAAAGUCAAAAUGACUUCAGGAUUGCUCUCCUGUACUAUGUCAGACACGUGGCUUAUAUACUUAUGUAUGUGUUUGCCUUGUACAUUUAUGAACAUUUCAUUUAUAUUUGACAGCUAAUAAUUCUUGUAAUACCUUGCUCCUGCUUGUUACAAAUGGGGUAGGUUUCUUUCCGCUGAGCUUCUGUUAGCUAACGUUCAUUUGCAGCCAAGGAUGUAUACACUUAACCACACGAUUCCAGGGAUGAAACAUUUCGUAGGAGUGCCUUGGCAUCCCUACUCUGCCCCACCCCUGGCUGGAAGCUAAGUUCCUAUUGCCAGUUGGCUCAGAAACUGCAACAGAGGCAAUAACUAAAAAUGGGACUCCGCAGCCUAUAUGAUUUGUUGAUUGCGUCAGAGAACCAGCAGCGCCAAACUGCUGGUGGUGAGGCAAGAGCUGGCAAUUAUCUAGUUGCUAGGUGCCAGAGGCCAGAUGCACAGUAGCUCUGACGUAAGGAACAUGUGAAGCAAAAUCCCCCUUCCCUGCCACCUGCCGUGCCUGCUUGUGUUUUCUUCUCUGUGUUGUCACUCUGUGCGGCUGUUUGUGCUAGCAAAGCGAACUCAGCACUUUCUGUCGUAAUGCCGUGUUAACUUUCUCUCUCUCUUUUAUUUAACAGAACUUGCCUUCUGCUUAAUUGCAAAAAAAAAAAAAAAUCCCAACAGCGUCUGAGCAACAGAUAGAUAGAUAGAUAGAUAGAUAGAUAGAUAUAGUUAAAAAGAUCAAGGUUAGAACGAUGGUGUGUUAGAAGCUAAAAUUACAGAUUAAAACACAUAGCAGUUUUACAUGUCUGGGUACGCUUGUGUAAUUAAAAGAGUUUUUAUCAGAAAAGUGUACUGCAAAGGUGUUUGCUACCUUGAUAAUUGGGUGAACACACCUUACCUUUUAAUCUUAAACUCUCAAGUCUAAGAGGAGGAAAGGAAAUGGAGUAACCAGGUAGGAUUGGAAAACUACCCUGAUGCCUGUCUAGGUGUCUUGAACGGAAACAGAUGGGAAACACCUGUGUGUAUGGAUGCCUCUAUAUCCAGCAAGGCUUUAGCUUUAUGUUUGGACUGUGCAGAACAUAGAUUGAUUCUAACACCUGGAUGAGAGGGGAACAUUUGGGAGCAGUUUUAGUUGCAAAACAUCAUUCUCUUUCCCUUUCCUAAAGCAAUGGAUCUCAGCCAGAAUAAGACAGAAUGAGGUGUAGGGGUUCCAGUCUCCCACUGCUUACAGUAUUUUAGGCUAUAUGAUGUGAUUAUUUCCCAGAUUCAUCUGUAUUUCUGAUUAGUUUACUCCUUCUACACACUGACUGACUAUUGUUAUGUAAAUGGUGAAAUGGGCUUGUGUGUCCUAGGCGUGUAUGCCAAAGGCACAACUCCGUUUGCUUUGCAAACAAGGGAGUUGUUUGUUCAGUUUGUGUUAAUGAUAUUCUACAGUUAAUUAUUAUGAAAAAGUAGCAACAACAGGUAUGCUGGCUGUUCUCUUUUUGCAAUUUAACCUUGACUAUAUCCAGGAGUAGGACUUAAAACUUUGUUGAGAAUCUUGCUCUCAGCUGCAGAAAUCUGAAUUUGUGUUGGAAGGGUGGGUGGGUUAGCAAGCAGGAUAUUGGCAUCAGGUGGAGGGGAAAGGGGAAAGGAGAGACAUACUGGACUGUGCAGUUUCACUCUGCCUUUUUCUCUGUCUAGAAAAGUCGUUUGGAUGAGCAAAGGUGUUCACUUCCAGCUCCACUCAAGGUCAGUUCAGCUCUGCAAUUAUACGACUGAACCCUCCAACGGAAUUUUAGUACUAAAAAUGACAACUGUAAGAGCCGAUCCUCACAUUGUCUUUAUAAUGCAUGGUAUAAAAAGCUGUUUCCCAACAUCCAGAGAGGGAUCAAUGAGGCCCAGAUAGGGCUAUGCAUAUAUGAUCAAGCUGGGAAUCAGGGACAAGACAGCAGGGGUGUGGUGUGCUUUGCUCCCAGCUGAAUUGCAGCUUUGAGUGUGUCCCUGUAUCAAUGAAUGGCAGCCUUCCACUUAUGUAGGUUUCAACUGUGGAGCUAAUAAGGGACUAGGAGGUGAGCCAAAUAUAUAUGAAAGAGAUGGGAAUUGCAAGGAUAGGGAAGAGCUAAUGCCAGAGGGAUUUCAUGAGGAAGACAGGGAGCUGGGGGAAUAGUCAUAAUCUAUAUACCGUAUUUUUCGCCCCAUAGGGUGCACCGGCCCUUAGGGCGCACCUAGUUUUUUGGGGGGGGAGGGGAAUAAAGGGGGAAAAAGUUACCCCUCUGGCUCUCCAGGCUUCAGCGAAAGCCUGCAUUCGCCCCAUAGGACGCACACACAUUUCCCCUUCAUUUUUGGAGGGGGAAAAGUGCGUCCUAUAGGGCGAAAAAUACGGUAUAUACUGUAUUAUCCACAAAUGCAUAUAGUUUGGGUGGAAGAACUGGGAGGCCCAAUUAUUAUCCUUAUUUGGACUCAGGAGGCAGGGAUGCAUGUGAUAGGAUGUUGGAAGCCUAUGCAUUACUUUGCAAUUUGCAUAAUCCCCAGCUCCUCACCCCCAUAUGACCUCUUUGGGUUUUCAGAGAGAAGAGGAGUACAUCCCAUACCCUAGCAUCCAUGAGGUGAGUCGCAGCAAAACCAACCAAGAUUUGAGUUCAAAUUUAUUCGUUUUUUAAAAAAUGAGGUUGGCUCACGUACGCCCUCAAAUUGUGGAUCAGGUGUUAGUUUGAACUGACAGCAUUUAAUGACUCCAAGCCUUCAUUUGCCUUUGUACUAAGAGUUGUUAGGAGACCCCCUAUUCCUUUUGAUUCCUAGAGUUCCCUGGGAAGAGGGAUUGGUUGUUAAGCCACUCUAGGAAUUGUAGCUCUGUGUGAGGAAUAGAAGAAGAGGAGUUUGGCUUUGAUAUCCCGCUUUAUCACUACCCUAAGGAGUCUCAAAGCGGCUAACAAUCUCCUUUCCCUUCCUCCCCCACAACAAACACUCUGUGAGGUGAGUGAGGCUGAGAGACUUCAGAGAAGUGUGACUAGCCCAAGGUCACCCAGCAGCUGCAUGUGGGGGAGCGGGGAAUCAAACCCGGUUCACCAGAUUACGAGUCUACUGCUCUUAACCACUACACCACACUAGGGGUCUCCUAACAAUUCCCAACAUCCUUAAUGGAACUGCUGUUCUCAGGAUUCUACAGGGGAAGCCAUAUAACUGUUUAAAGUCAUAUGUUACUGCUUUAAAUGUAUAGUGCAGGUGGCAGCUGUGACUCGAUGGCCAGACCACAUUCUACCAUUUUUUAAAUGGCUUCACCAGUUCCUGUCAUUUCCCGCCUGAACCUGUCCUACUAUUAAGAUCAAUAUUUGAUUUGCUUCUCUGGGUGCUCGUACUAUGUUUUUGAUGACAGGGGAAAGCUCAUUUUCUGUGGUAGACUCUGACCAGAAUGGAACAUGAACUUGAUUUUGAAGGUUUACUUUUGUUUCAGAUGUGUGUGUGCAUGUGAAAUUAUAGAUUGGAUUCAUUUUAAAUUUUCUGUGCCGAAAAUGUAACUGAUCUGUAGAAAAGAGUUUACAACCUGAAAAAGAGACAAUGCACGUUGUUUUGUAAACAAAGAAAAUCUUUAAUAAAAACUAUUUAAAAAAUAAUAAUUCAACAGAUCAAGAUCUGUUCUGUUUUGAUUAUCUGCGUGUGUCUGAUCCUACAACAUCUCUCUUUCUGGACAGGUGUUACGGAGAGGGUGGCCCUACCCUCUCAUUAUCUUACCCCAGUUUGGGGGCUAUUGGAUCGAAGGGACCUCUCACAACCUUCCAAUCUCAGGCCCAGAAUUGCAUGACCUGCCAUCCCCUUGCAGUGGCAAAGUGAAGCUGGAGUGUGACCCAACAGCCAAGUUGUACCGCAAGCACUUCCUGGGAAAGGUAAGAGAAGUUCUGUAGCUCCUGACUGCUCAUCUGCUACUGAGCUGGGUUCAGGGUCCUUGUAUCCAUUUACAAAGCCCUGAACAACUUGGGUCCUGGGUGCCUUAGGGGGUCACCUGAACCCUUAUAUCCUAAGCUAGAUCACUGAUCUCAUCUGAAGGAGUGUUUCUGGUUGUCCCUUGAGUUGGUGAGGCUUAUUAGACAUCAACAUGAAGAUGAAACUUCAGUCUUUGUGGCCCACUGCUGGGGACAUACAGCAGGCACCUUCUGAACUAUGGCCUUGUCCAUACUUCCACUUGUGCCGUGCCUAGAAAGCAUGGGUCUGAGCAGUUCUCACAUUUGAAAGUUGCCCACUUUCCAAGUGAAACCCCACUAUUUAGCAAUAGAUUGGAACAAACGGGAACCUGGGGGAAACCCGAAUUGCCAUUUGUUCCAACUGAGCGCUAAAGAGCGGUUUUCCCCGGGGGAAAGCAACAGGACAAGGGGAGGUGUGGAAAAGCCCUAACUUCCAAAUGUUUGCUGAAAACAUUUAUUUUAUUUUAUGUUUUGCAUGCAGGGCUAUGCAGACAGUCUAGGAAAAUGUUUACCAUAAUAGUCAGCUGGUGAUCUGUUUUAAUGUUGUGUGGUUUUUAUUGUAUUACACUUGUUGUAAAGUGCUUUGAUUUUUUUUUUGGAAUGAAAUUGCGUCAUUAAAAUAUUUUAAAAUAAAUAAAUACUAUUAUUUUAUUGGGCACACAGGCUUUUAAAAUUUAUUAUAUUCGUUGCCUGCCCUUCUCCUUGAAGUCCCAGGGUGAGUUACAUGUAGAAAAAACUAGUACAAUAAAACAAAACAAAGAAAAACAGUCCCACUGCAAAAUACCAUACAUAUCAACAAAACUAGAUUUCAACCAGGGGAAUGGUAACAACCUGAGUACAGUUGCCAAAGGCCAGGUAGAAGAAGAACAUUUUCUGUGAUCAUCUAAAGCUACAAAGAGAUGGUGCCAAACACAUCACAAUUACCGUAUAUUUCCGUGUAUAAGUCUAGGUUUUCCCCCUAAAAAAUAAUGUCAAAAAUUAGGGGGCGUCUUAUACACGGAUACAUCUCCCCCAUUUUCUUAAAUCUGAGUCCCCCAAAAUAGGGGGUAUCUUAUACAUGGGGGCGUCUUAUAGACAGAAAAACAGUAAUUUGCUAGUUUAAUUGUUAAUUAUUGGUGUCUUCUGAUCAACUUAAUAUUUUGUCAAUUAAUCGAUGAAGAUCAGUUUUAAUCAAUUAGGUGUGCCUUAAGGGCACACCUUUUAUUCCAGACUAUUUUAGAACCAGUAUAAAAAUGAACCAAACAGAAAAUACUAUCUUAUGAAAGCAUUUAUUUACGAAAACACUAAUUUCAUUAAAAAUAUCCAAGUGGUAUACAAUAAUUAGGGACACGGGUGGUGCUGUGGGUAAAACCUCAGUGCCUAGGACUUGCCGAUCAUAUGGUCGGUGGUUCGAAUCCCUGCAACGGGGUGAGCUCCCGUUGUUCGGUCCCAGCUGCUGCCCACCUAGCAGUUCGAAAGCACCCUUAAGUGCAAGUAGAUAAAUAGGUACCGCUUUAUAGCGGGAAGGUAAACGGCGUUUCUGUGUGCUGCGCUGGUGCUGGCUUGCCAGAGCAGCUUCGUCACGCUGGCCACGUGACCCAGAAGUGUCUUCAGACAGCGCUGGCCCCCGGCCUCUUAAGCGAGAUGGGCACGCAACCCCAGAGUUGGUCACGACUGGCCCGUACGGGCAGGGGUACCUUUACCUUUACCUUUACCUUUAUACAAUAAUUACCGUAUUUUUUGCACCAUAACACUCACUUUUUUCCUCCUAGAAAGUAAGGGGAAAUGUCUGUGCGUGUUAUGGAGUGAAUGCCUGCGGAUGGCGAGGGGAAUCUGCUGCAGUCAUGAGCAGAGGAUCCAUGGUUCCUCUUCCCUCCUCUGUGGCUCGCUUUGAAACAGCAAAGCAGGAGAAGAGCCGCUGAGUGGGGAGGAGAGAGGGACAGGGAGCCUGCUUGCUUUAAAGGAGCAAAGCGGGAGAGGAGAGGAGCCUUCUCCUCUUAUACCCCUCUUCUGCAUUAUUAGCAGCAUCCUUCUCCACCCACCCCACGCGUGCUCCUUGUCCCUUGAGCGCUUUUCCUUCCCUCCCACCUAAAACGUGGUUACAAAGCACGGAUCCACAUGGAUCCUCAGGAUUUUUGCACUGGGUCACCCCAAAUUCACCAUCAGAUCACAUGUCUGUGGCCACAGCAUGAACCACAAAAAUCAUACAUCCACUGUUUCGUUAUAAUAUUUUUUUUCUUGUUUUCCUCCUCUAAAAACUAUGUGCGUGUUAUGGUCAGGUGCGUGUUAUAGAGCGAAAAAUACGGUAUAUGUACAAUGAAAACCACAGAUCACUGUGGAAGAGGGGGCAGCAAAAGCCUUGUUUCUAUAUGUUGGAGCAUCCAUUGUAUCCUAAGUAUGGUCAGCUCAGAAGGGGAUGGACGGGGAACAGACACAGCACGGAAAAUAGAAAAAUGACAUAAAAAUGGCAGAAGCUAUAUCCCUGAAAAUAUCACCAGUAUUCAAAGAUUGUGUCCGUGCUGGAGAGAGGCAGUGAACUCAUGACACACCCUCAGCGCACACACCUGCAUUACUACAUACAAAGCAACAUGGCAAUGCCUUCCGCCCCAAUUCAGCCUACUAGGACUUCCCCUGUCUCCUCUCAUAUUACCUCAAGGCAGUCCAGAAUUCAAAAUAUUACAUGUGCCCAGUGGCUGCUAGAGGAGGAAAAGAGUCUUUUGCUUCUACAUCCCUUAUUCCAAUAUCUCUUUUCCUCAGGAACAUCAUAAUUUUUAUGCCAAUGACACAACUUUGGGCUACUUGGUCCUUUCCAUGAAGUAUGAACAAGUCGAAAAGCAAGACAACCUCCGCUUGCUUCUGAGGUAAAACAGCCCUUUGGUUCAAACCUUGUGAAAUGAUUGCACUUUUCAGGUGGUUCUCUGUCUCUCAAUGGCUGUCUUAACUAAGCUUAUUUUCCACUUUUCACACACACAUAAAAGUCACCAGAAUUUCAGAACUAAUUGCAAAGCAAGAUUAUAUUUAAAAAUAGAUAGGAGGUGCUGCCAAUAAUCACUCGACUAUUCAUUUGGCAAGUGCUUGUCUUCCUCACCCCUGCCUCCAGCACACUUUAAAAAAAAAGAAUUUCCCUCAUGAUUGCUUUGGGAAAAGUCCACAACUGUUGAUGUUUGAGAAGGCUAGCAAGCCUUAUUUGGGGCACCCAAUGAAAUUUAUUUAUUUUUUUAAAAAUUACUUAAAUUACUGCUUAAUAUACCACUUGAUUGCCGAACUUUAUUUGCAGCAUAUAUAACAAUUAUAAAAAUAAGUCCGUGGAUAAAAUAAAUUAAAAUUUAUCCACUCAGUGGGCAAAAUAAAAUUAAAAUUGCCUGCUGCAUUGCCAAAGGGUAUUGACCCCUCCGGGGUGUAAAGCUACCCCACUAUUAGGCAGCUGAUUUUGGGUGUCAUGAAAGUGUGGGGAAUUAUUAGCCAUUUAAUUUAGUGUAUUUUUAUUGUAAGGGAAGUAGAGAAGGGCUUGUGCAAUUUUUCUGUCACAGAUGUCAAAAUAACUUUGCUGGCUUUAGGUACUGUGAACUUUGGGGUACAGUGGUACCUCGGGUUAAAUACUUAAUUCGUUCUGGAGGUCUGUUCUUAACCUGAAACUGUUCUUAACCUGAAGCACCACUUUAGCUAAUGGGGCCUCCAUCUGCUGCCGCUGCGCUGCCGCUGCAUGAUUUCUGUUCUCAUCCUGAAGCAAAGUUCUUAACCUGAGGUACUAUUUCUGGGUUAGCGGAGUCUGUAACCUGAAGCGUAUGUAACCCGAGGUACCACUGUACCAAGGAAGCUGGAGUUGUUGCUGCUUGGCUUCCUUAGCAUUUAUUUUGGUUGUUUGUUUGUUGCAGGUCUCGAACCAGUACCAAGCACGACUUGAUUCCUAUUUCUUGCCUGAAUGAGUUCCCCAAUGCUGUCCAAAUGGCAAAGGUACAUUGUUCCAGGUCCAGCCCCAUUACUGUUAGUUGCCGGGUUAUUUUUGCCUUGUAAUCCUCCGAUGAACCAAAUCUGAUUCCUUUCAGUUACUUGUCCAAAGAAAAGGUUCCAUUUUGCUAAGUCACCCAUGACAGGCAGCAUAAGUUAAACAGUCUCAAAUUUUAAGUCCUAAAUUUAAAUUUAUAUCCCACUUAAUGAAUUUUGAAUCCUUGAGUACUAGCCUAUGAAAGCAACUAGAGAAUAAAUAAGUUGGGGUGUGUGGGUGUGUGGGUGUGACAAAUCCCUUGCAAAUACAGGACUGUUGAAAGGUUAAAUUUGCAAAUGUGAAUUUUCACGCCACGUUAAAUAACUGAUGCUCAUCCGAUUGGCUUCAGUGAAAAUGGUACCUCAAGUCCCUGCACUAGAAUUGUGUUGACAUCUUUUGCUUGUCCUCCUGCAGCUGCUGUGUGAGGAUGUGAAUGUUGACCGCUUCUUUCCAGUGCUCUAUCCCAAGGUAGGCUCGCUGUAGCCCCAUAUGGAAACUCUCUCUUUCUCUGCCUGUUUUUACUUCUAACUCUGGCUGUUUCUUCACCUCAUAGGCUUCCCAACUCAUUGUUGCAUUUGAUGAACAUGUCAUCAGCAAUAACUUCAAGUUCGGAGUCAUCUACCAAAAACCUGGGCAGGUAAACCUCUUUUCUUAUGCACACUCAAUGCCCUUUUCUAUCAUAGGCUAUUUGGGGAGUCUGGGCAAGAGCUUCCUUAUGUCCUCUUGUUCCCCUCCAUCAUGUCCAGUGAUCCUCCAUUCUUCCUUUCUGGUACAUCAUCACUCCUUUUUGGCUAAUCAUCUCCCCCCUUUGUCCUCCCCACCCCAAUCCUCCCUCUGGCUUCCACAACUGGGAAGGGGAGCACUUGGAAGUGACAUGCAAGCGACUAGGGAGGAGAAACUAAGCUGUAGACAUCACCUGAGAAAUGUCUCUAAGUCCCUGCUGAAAGGCACCCUUUAGGGCAGGGGUCAGCAACCUUUUCCAGCAGGGGGCCGGUCCACUGUCCCUCAGACCAUGUGUUGGGCCGGACUAUAUUUUGAAAAAAAAUAAUGAAGAAUUCCUAUGUCCCACAAAUAACCCAGAGAUGCAUUUUAAAUAAAAGCACACAGUCUACUUAUGUAAAAACACGUUGAUUCCCGGACCAUCCACAGUCCAGAUUGAGAAGGCGAUUGGGCCGCAUCCGGCCUUGGGCCUUAGGUUGCCUACCCCUGCUUUAGGGGAUUGGCUAUGGCCUAUGGGCCACCACUGACUAAUAUCUGUUCAGAACCAUUCAGCUUAUCUUCUGCUAGUAUCAAAGAUACACACUGUCUCCACACCUUCCGCACUGGCAAACAGGGAUUGUGGCUUUUUUAGGAAGGUGAAAGGAAAGGGGAGAGAGAGAGAGAGAGAGUUUGUUUGUUUGUGUGUGUGUGCUUGAGCAUAUGCACACACAUGUGCAAAAGAGACCUUUAUUGUACUGGUUAUUGGACUCCAGGAUAGGUCAAGAAAUCGAAUGGGAAAUGGUGGCCUUCAGUUUUCUGUUUCCUUUUAUAUAGACCACAGAGGAAGAAGUCUUCAGUAAUACUGAAGAGAGUCUGGGCUUCUUAGAGUUUUUGGAUAUCCUUGGAGACAGGAUCCAGUUGCAGGAUUUCCGUGGGUGAGUACUUCAGCUGUAAAAACCUAAUGGUUUGGAAGUUGUCAUUCUUGGCCCAGUUUUCCUUCAAAGACUCUUGCAUAGGUUUAAUAGCAGCAGAUAGCAGUGGCCCUGUCUGGUCCUGUCUUGGGAAGUGGCAGUAGCACCACCAGGAAGUUCUAGGCCUCCUACCCUCUUUCACACACCACUGCACACACCAAUUACCACAAUUCAUUCUGUGAAUUGUAUUUCUGCCUUCGAUAAAGCUGCUACCGUUGUUCAUGGUAUCUCUUCUUCUGUCUGUUCUCCUCUCUCCUUCUCCUUCUUGCCUUAUGCUGAUCAGCUUCCGAGGUGGCUUGGAUGUUACUAGAGGUCAAACAGGAUCUGAGUCUAUCUACACACAUUUCCGGGGCAAAGAGAUCAUGUUCCAUGUCUCUACGAUGUUGCCCUUCACAGAGGGAGAUGCCCAACAGGUACCGUGGGGACCUAUGGAGGACACAGUAUUGAAUAAGCCUCUAGAGCAGCGGUUCUCAACCUGUGGGUCCCCAGGUGUUGUUGGACUACAACUCCCAUCAUCCCUGAACUCUUGCCUUGCUAGCUAGGGGUGAUGGGAGUUGUCGUUCAACAACAUCUGGGGACCCACAGGUUGAGAAAGGCUGCUCUAGAGUGUAGAGUGAUGGCAACAGACAGGUAGCUACUUUAGGGUUGAUGUGACAAAGGGAAGGUUGUUGGAGCAAGUUGUGAUUGGAAAGAAGAGGCCAUAAUCUGGUCUGAGGGUUGCUUGGGUUGACAGUUUAGAAUGGAUUGGAGUUUAAGAUUGGGGUAGGUGCUGUGGACUUGAGUGGCCAAGCUGGGCAGCUUGCAUUUGGGAAGCCCAACUCCCCUCUUAACAUGCUCCCUUGCGUGUUCCCUCCCAGCUUCAGCGGAAGCGCCACAUUGGGAACGAUAUCGUGGCCAUUGUCUUCCAGGACGAAAAUACUCCCUUUGUCCCCGACAUGAUUGCAUCAAACUUCCUGCAUUCCUAUGUGGUUGUGCAGCUCCACCACAGCGCCCUGGGGGAGACUCUCUACAAGGUAAGUCCACUCGGUCAAUACUCUGCUGCUUUCACGACGAGUGCAAGAGAGUUCUGCUGCAAGGGUAGGAAACCUCUAGGCUCCUCUAGCUGGCCUUUGGGAAUCUCCCCAAGCCACACCCCCUUCCCAGCCACACCUCUCACUGGCCCUGCUUUGCACCUUCCUUGAGUGCUAAUGCUUCUUGCUUGCCUCAUUGGUGGAUAGAGGUAAAGGUAAAGGGACCCCUGACCAUUAAGUCCAGUCGUGACCGACUCUGGGGUUGCUGCGCUCAUCUCGCUUUAUUGGCCGAGGGAGCCAGCGUACAGCUUCUGGGUCAUGUGGCCAGCAUGACUAAGCCACUUCUGGCGAACCAGAGCAGCGCACGGAAACGCCGUUUACCUUCCCACCGGAGCGGUACCUAUUUAUCUACUUGCACUUUGAUGUGCUUUCGAACUGCUAGGUUGGCAGGAGCAGGGACCGAGCAAUGGGAGCUCACCCCGUCACGGGGAUUCGAACCGCCGACCUUCUGAUCGGCAAGUCCUAGGCUCUGUGGUUUAACCCACAGCGCCACCUGCUGCCCCCUAGGUGGAUAGAGAGGGGUGUCUAAAUGUGCCUAGAAACUAGCCUACUGUACACAGGUAAAAAAUAACAGUUGUUGCUGUGCCCACUUUAGCCGCUAGCCCUGCUACCCGACCACCCCAACAUGUGGCCCAUGGAAGGUUGUGCAGAAAGAAAUAUAUGAAAAGGGUUUCCUAUCCCUCCUGUAUAGCCCUACAGCACUUUAAAUCUUAGCCCACUUCUUUUUUUUCUUUUAACUUUGCAUUGGUUCUCUAAUCCUUGGCUACAGUGGGGAGAAAUUGUGGAGCACUAGCCAGUCUCUUGCCAGUACCUCUUUUAUUUACGUACUUAUUUUAGCGGAAUUUACUCACUGGUUAAUCAAAAACCAGUGGUUUACUUUUCUUCCAGCCGGAAGAGAACAGGAGUCAAGGUGAAAUUUCACCCUAUCACUUCUUAAGUCUUAAAACAUGCAGAACUGAGGCUCCAGUCCUUUAGUCCUCUAUUGUUCUGUGUACUUUUUCUGAUAAGGAGUUGUGUCAUUCUCAGACGCUUUGAAGUGUGUGCAUUUCCCUCUCUUAUCCAUGCGUAAGUACACAUGAACCUUGGUGUACACAAGUGACACUCCUGGUAGCAAUGACUCCUACUGGUGAUCAAGUGUCUAAGCAGCACAAUGACUUGGGAAAGUCAGCUAAAACAACCCAAAUAAUGUCAAGCAUUUUAGUUUAACUUCAGUGCUAUAUUAGCAACCUGGACAAAUACUCAAAUAAAUAACAGGAGGGGGUGUUAAGGUGAUGUCAUGGACUGGCUUGACGGCAGAGGCACUGGCUGGGGAAACCCCAAAGGAAGAAGGUUCAGAGCCAGGAGAUUGAUGAUGGGAUGGCGAUGAGUGGUCAGAGAGAGCAGAAGAAGCAGAGUAGGAGGAGGUGUCGGAAGCUGAAGAGGUAACAGGGUUUAGUGAGCAGGAAGAGGCUAGGGCAGAGAGCAGUCCAGAAGCAGAGGCAGGAGAGGAGGGUGGCCAAGAAGCAGAGAUGAGGCAGGCUGCUGAAGAAGUACUUUGCAAGAGAAAGCAGGGCACAUAUGCAGUUCUUGCUUCAGGUCACCUACUUUUAAUUUGCCACUUUAAAGCAGACUGAGGUCACAUCCAUGCCAUACCCUUAAACCACAUGGCUUCCUCCAAAUAACCCUGGAGCAAAUAUUUUAUAUCAUGUAGACAUAUUCCUAAACCAAAUAUACCGGGAUUCAGUUAUGGAAGGAAUAAAAAAAAAAACCCAGGUUAUGACCUUCUAAGAGACGCACUGGUAAUAUUAUUCAGUUAGCUUAAGGAUAGAGUUGAAGAAGAAGAUUUGGAAAUGGUUGGGGUUUGUUCUUUGUUUUUUGUUUUUUGUUUUUGUUUUGCUAACUGCAGCAAGAAUGAUACUAUGUGCAAACUAGAAAAGUGCUUGCUGUCCCUCCAUAGAUCACUGGCUAACUAAAAUCCAGGACAUGGCAUGAAUGGUUAAGCUAACAAAUUUGAUUUGUUAGAGACGGAAGACACCAUGAAAAUAUGUUUGUAAAUAAACUGAGUUUAUUUAUCCAGUAUUAUAAUAAGAAGGUGCAGGAGUCAGCCAAUCCAUAUCUAUUGUUGAGGGGAAAUUAAACAAAUAAGAACACAGCAGGAAAAUAUAGUAAUUAGUUUUUAUGUGAUAUUUAUUUGUAAAAUAAUGCAAGUGUUUAAUGUAUUGGAAAUAUAGGAAAGGUAGUAAGUAUAACAGACUGUUGGUAGUGGAAAUAGCUUUUAUGUGUUUUGAUAGUCGAAAAAGGAAGAAUACUAUGAUUGCAAUGAUUAUACUCAUCUGGAAUAUAAUGUACUAAUGUGCAUUUAUUUGCAUUUUUGCUUAUGAAACAUUGAAGAGAUAUAAGAAUUUAAAUAAGAUGAUAAAUUGCUGACAAAAUGUUAUAACGAUGAAAGUGGGAGCGGGGGAUGUGAGGAAGUCCAAAGAAAAUGUGAAACUAUGUUAAGACAAAUGUUAUAUUGUUUAUUAUGUUUAUUCUUAUUGUAAAACCCAAUAAAUUGCUUUAAAAAAAAAAUUAUUUGCAUUUUUGCAAUGUUAUAAACGAGUGGGGGGGCUGUAUAUGAGAUGUUGCUAACAUCUCAUAUCUUUUGUGCUCUCUGCUGUUUAGCAGUUUCAUCAGACAGCAGUUUAAACCUGACAAUGUUUUAAUAUUAUCCUAAGGCUGCAGACCUGCACAGACCCUACACAAUGGUCAUUCUGUCUGUACUCUAAAACCACUCUGUCCCUUCUGAUGGUUGCAGGUUUCUGUUACAGCCCGUGAUGACGUCCCUUUCUUUGGGCCUUCUCUGCCAAAUCCAGCAAUAUUCAAAAAGGUUUGUGUGCAGCCAGAAAAACAAAUAAAGGCUUACAGGGCAGUGGAAUUCUGGUAAUGGUUCCUACAUUACGAUCUAUUUAUAUGAAACUUUUCUGUGCAGCUACCUAGGGCUUGGAAAAGCCCCAAACUUGUGACAGCCUGGGCUCUAAAAUAUUGUAGCACCUAUGAACCUGGAAGCCAUUUUUCCAGCUCAACUUGUGUUCUUAGAUGUGGCUCUAGCAUUCCCAAUAUUGCCAUUGUUGUCAUUUAAUAUGUUCAGAAGCACCUAAAAUAGAUGCUGCCAGUUUCAGCGUAAGCACCUUCUAGCAUCAGUACUCACCAGCUAAGAGGAUUAAUAUGCAUUUUCGGAAAAAUUGCAGUACAACAUAGUCUACUUGGUCUUUAUAAAUAGGAAAUGAGGGAUUGCCUCUUUAAAUGAAUCCAUAUGCAAUAGAUUUCCCUGCCUGUCAAAAGCUAAAGCACCAUAAGGAAAGAUAGCCUUCAUUUCCUAUAUGUCUACAUACUGGAAAGGGUUUUUUUUCCUUGGGAACUGGGAGGGCAUUUAGGAAAUCAUGAAUUUUUAGAGUGGUACAGUCCCACAUGGUUAAUUUGAAUGUAUUCUUCAACUCUACAGUGCAACCCAUUGAGGUGAAUAGAGGAAUAUUCUUGUAUCUGUGUUUGUUCCUGUGCUUUGGUAUCAAUAUGCAAUCUAAGUAUUAGCUUGCAAAGAAGUAUCCUAGAACCUUCAUCUCUGUGCUUUGUGGCACCAAAACAGUUCUGGAUAUAUCUAUAAGAAAGGGUCUUGUAAGACUUCAAUGCUGUGAGUGAGUAUUCUCCUUCUUCUGACAGGGCACAGAGUUCCGUGAAUUUCUUCUGGCAAAGCUUAUAAAUGCAGAGCACAGCUGCUACCAUGCUGAUAAAUUUGCUAAGCUGGAGGUGAGUCAGUUUACUUUUAUUUGCAUUCAUAUAUCUUAAAGAGCAAAGCUUGGUGUGACUACCAGGAAGUAACAUAUUGGUGAUCAAUGACAGGAUGUGAAAUGAAAUGCAGGUUCAACAAUCAAUACAUAAAUCCUACCUAGGACUUUCUACACUGCAGCUGUUGCAUGGGGAGGGGAAGGGUAAUUCCUCCUGGUGACUUUAAACUCAAAAUUACACUUUAGUAGGAACUGAAAUUCCUACAAUCGAAUGAAAAGCACACUAUGUAAGUGUGGCAACCACAUUCUAGCCACCCUGGGUCACCUUGGGGGAGACCUGGCCACAACAGAGUGUACUCCUCUCUUGUACCCUCCCAUUCCCUAUUUAAGAUACUCAGUGCCACCAGAUGAGAGAUUAACUACCGUAUUUUUCGCUCUAUAGGAUGCACUUUUCCCCCUCCAAAAAUGAAGGGGAAAUGUGUGUGCGUCCUAUGGAGUGAAUGCAGGCUCCUUGGCUUCAGUGAUAGCAACACGAAGCCUCCAAAGUGCAGAGGGAGAGCUCCCCCCGUGCUCCGGAGGCUUCGCGUUGCUUUCGCUGAAGCCGCCUGAAUCCCCUGGAGCGCAGGGAACUCCCGCUGCGCUCCGGGGGCUUCAGGCAGCUAUCCGCAAGCCUUCAGAGCGCAGCAGGAGUUCCCGCUGCGCUCGGAAGGCUUGCGGAUAGCCGCCUGAAGCCUGGAGAGCGAGAGGGGUCGGUGCACACCGAUCCCUCUUGCUCUCCAGGCUUCGCUUCACUGGAGAGGCGCUGCACAGUUUUCCCUCUCAGCGCAGCACCCCUUCACCGAAGUGGGAGGAGAAAUGGAUGGGGCUCCCUUUCUCCUGCCGCUUCGCUGAAGGGGCACUGAGCAGAGAGGGGGAGAAUUUUUUCCCCCCUGUUCUCCCCCUCCUAUGGUCCGGUGCGUCCUAUGGUCCAGUGUGUCCUAUAGAGCGAAAAAAAUAUUUACCAGGCUGCCUUUAUCAAACAGCCUCCAAAUGUUCCCCGGGGUCUCUGAAGCCUCCUUAGGUAGCUGAUGUUAGAUAUUCCCUUGGGAGCAAAAACAAAUUUAAAUUGGUUAAUCACAUCCACUUAGACUCAUGGAAUUUUAGAGCUGGAAGGGACCCUGAGGGUCAUCUAAUCCAACGACUUGCAAUGCAGGAAUCUCUUUUUGCCCAACGUGGGGCUUGAACCCACAACCCUGAGAUUGAGUCUCAUGCUUUAAUGAGAGUCCAUAGAGCUAUUGCAGCUCUAUGAUCCAGCUGAUUAUGUAACUUACCCACAUACAGAGCUUCUUUCUUUUCUGUCACUCAGCCUGAUCUUUCUUCCUUUCUGAUUAAGCGUGCACCCUUCCCUGUUUCUAUCCUAUUUGUUUUUUUGAAACGUGUUCUCCUUCUCUUCUGGAGCAGGAUCGUACCCGCAGUGCCCUCCUGGAGAGCCUUUAUGAGGAGUUGCAGAUUCGUAGCCGCAGUAUGAUGGGCUUGGCCUCUGGCGAUGAUGACAAAAUGGAGAAUGGGGGUGGUGGCUUCUUUGAGAAUUUCAAGGUGAGACAGGGAAUAGGUGAUACUUAAUCUCUCUCUUCCAGUGUAAUUUUGCAUUUUCCCAUUUCAUGCUGCGCUGGUGAAUAUUGUAAUAAUACUUUGCAUUUUGUCCAUUGGAGGUAUUUCAAUACAUUAUCUUAGUCAUCCCCACAGCUGCUCUGAGAGGUAGGUCUGUAGCAGUAUCUCUGUAUUUUAGAUCUCGCCAGAGGGGUGCAAGUGGCUCAGAGAUGGUAGCUUACCAAAGGAAGGAACUUCCUAGCUCUUAGAUUAGUCUCUUAGCCACCAUCCUACGCAGCUGUCAAUAUUUGCUUUUCAGAGAACAGAUUCCAGCAGGCUACCCGCAGAGGACGGGAAAUCAGCCACAGGUUUGGGGCAGGGCAGGUUGGGACAGCAGUUGGUGCCUUGUAAACUGGCCACCUUGCUGCUAGCAGUAUACCUCACUAUGCUGGCUGAGGUGGUCUGUAAUGUGGUGUUGGACAACCUCAGUACAUUGCUUCUGGGAUAAUUCGGUGUCCAUACUAAGGACAAAGCCUUGAUUUAGGCUUUACCUCAAGGUAUGAUGGGUGGUGGUACUCUAGAUGUUGUGGGGGGCGGGGUUGAAUUAACCCCAUUGUAAUGGUCAGACCAUUAUCUGGCAAAGUUGGGUCUUGCAGUGUCAUUCCCUCCUUGCCAUUAGGAUGGUCUGCCCCCAGAGACUUACGGAAUUCAAGGGGUUCUGGAAUGCUUGGGGGGACUUUUCGGAAGCCAAGAUUGGCGGUCCUGUUGAGCUUCGGUGUCGCUGUGGAAUAGUGAGAUGCAUUGAGUUGGUGACACAAUUACUCCCGAGUUCACCUUCCAAAAUUGUGGAGCCUGGAGAACUCGCUGGGUGUCUAUGGCUCUCCAAGCCAUGAAACAGGAUAAAUGAAGUCUAGAAUACUAUGGUGUACGAUCCAAUGCGAAGUUUGUCAGAGAUGUGCUAGAGCACAUAGUUGUGCCUACUGCAAAGAAGGCUUAAUUUCUUUACCCCAUUGCACCCUUGAGUCAGCAGAGAUGUGCUAAGGGGGCUGCCAACCCCUGUCACUGGGAAUAGAGUGCCAGCUGUGACAUAUUUGCCAGCGGCUUUGAGAAUAAAAUCACCAGCCUUGAGCUGAAUGCUACCAUUAUUACAGAGCUGGGUGAGGUGUCCAACACAACAUCUUGCCCAAUCUUGUGGGAUCAGCUGAUGAGGUUUGAGGAUGUGGGCAAGGUGUUUGCAGUGGUUUGGCCCACAUGUGUGCUCAACAUCUGGCCAUCAUGACUCAUCGGAAGUACCUGAGCUGCGCUGGCUGCCUUCAGGGGGUGGUUCAUCCAUCUUUGCAUGAAGGGUUGGUGCCUGCUGCCUUGGAGGAGGCAGUGAUGCAGCAACUCCUGAAGAAGCCCUGCUUGAACCCUGAGGAACUUUGAUGACUAAGGACCAGUCACUAAUAUUGGACUACCACCCGAUCAUGUUUUGGGAUAAGGUGCUUGAGAGGGUCGUCCAGCUGCAGACACCAUUGGAAGGAACUGGUUAUCUUGACCCCUUUCAGUCUGGGUUUAGGUCCAGUUUGAGGACAGAAUGGCCUUAAGCAUCCUGAUGGAUGCCCUUUUUCAGGAGAGGGACAGGGAGAGUGCAACUUCGCUGCUUUUGCUUGAUCUCUCAGCAGCUUUUGAUGCCAUUGACCACAGUAUCCUCUUGUUCCUUCUCUGCGAGCUGGUGGUUCUGCUCAUAUCUACAGUGCCAGGUUCAAAGAAUAGUGUUGGAGCAGGCAUAGGCAAACUCGGCCCUCCAGAUGUUUUGGGACUACAGCUCCCAUCAUCCCUAGCUAACAGGACCAGUGGUCAGGGAUGGUGGGAGUUGUAGUCCCAAAACAUCUGGAGGGCCGAGUUUGCCUAUGCCUGUGUUGGAGGAUUAAAUGUCUGCCCCCUGGUGGUUGUGCUUUGGGGUGCCAUGGCUAGGGACAACGUGUGUGUGGUUUUUAUGAGAGAGCUCUUCAGGAGGUUGUGGGUUAGGUUAGCAGAAGCGAGUUCUGUCCACUUGGAAACAAUACCUUGUUUGCCCGAGUCCUGUAGGAAGCCGGGCGUUUCUGAGCUCAUGCCUGUUCCUUCCGCUUCCUUCCACCCAGCCCACCAGCAUCCUAUAGUGCUCUUCAUGAUGUCCUUUUGUGUGUCUGUGAACGUGUCUGUCUCCCUGUUGCCCUUCUCUCCAGCGGGUGAUCCGGGGCCGUAGCCAGAGCCUGGAUACCAUGGGGAUAGCCAUGAGGAAGCAGCACCAACAGCAGCAGCAGCCAUCAACUCCACCCAAUCGCCCAGCUACUGCUGGCCUUGCCCUCAACCAGAGUGUUGCCGAGGGGCCCAAGGCUAUUGCUGCGGUAAGGUAUUGGGGAGGUGGCGUCAUGGGAUGGAGACCAGCAUGUACUCAGUCCUUUGCCACUAUCUCCUGCUACUGUGAACCCGCUGCUCUUCAACAUUAUCUGUCUCCAGCUAUUAAUGUCUCCUUGUCUUGGUGGUGUUUUGUGGCUAUUUUCUGUUGGGCUUCCCGCCACCCCAUCUCUCUAUGUUCAUUUCCCUAUCCUGUUCCUCUGAGACCCGAUUCUAUUCAUUUGCCGAUUCUGACUCUGAAAACAAUUUGAGGAACAGGGAAAGCAUUUAGGGAGAAUCUGAGUAAAUUGUGCUGUUGGUUUUUUUAAUUGCUGAGCACUGCCUUGAUGUUUUAUGUGAGUGGGCGGAAUAUAAAAACUUUUACAGAGGAAUAAAAGAUGCUGAUGAUACCCUCAGAAAUUUCACGUAGACAUUUCAUGUUUGGUCUGGGGGACAAGAUGAAUCCCUUUGGGACCCUUUAGCAUCGAUGCUGAGCAGUAAUUCUCCUGCAGCAGUUGUGGCAUCAGUCCCCAAGGCAGGAAUGGGACCCCCAAAACCCUAUGCCACAGAUUGCUAACACAGAACAGGUUAUCCAUAAGGGGUACAAUGUUCAGUGAUUCCAAAAGCUACUGAGAGACCCAGGAGAAUUAGUGAAGUUGCGUUCCUGGCAUUCCUCUCUCGGCACUGGUUAUUCUUUGGAGUGACAAGGGUGGUUUAUGUGCCAAAACAGGCCUGAAACUAGACUGAAUUUUAAUUUUGAGGGAACUAAAAAAGAUUCCAUUUAUAGAACCUCUCCCACCACCUUGUUGAUGGCUGGAGAGGUUUAGGACAGUGUGUUUGUUGGGUAGAGCGUACUGCUGACCUUACUUAGGAUUGUUCCACCCAAGUAUGCUCACCUCCUGGCUAUGGACCACUUGGUGGAAAUCUGCAGCAAGUUAGUUUUGUCUGCCAAGACUUGACUGUUCAGUGAUGGACUGCAUGGCAGGGUGAGAUGAAGCAGUGUCUGGAAUGAAAGAACUAGAACUAGAAUAGCUAGAAGUGUUGCAUUAGUGGCUCUUCCUUUGCUUGGCAUUAAUGUUAACAGUGCAUUGGUGCUGCUCUAGUUCAGGGCAUUCUCUGAAUGUCCAAGUGGGCAUUCAGUCCUUUGCAGAGGCACUGAAGGCAUGUGAUGAGAAGGCCAUUUUCGAGAGUCUGGAGUUGCAAUUAUAGCGUGGAAAGCAUGUGUCAGGGAACUGCCAUCAGUGCCGGAGGGAGAGAGCAAAAGCCAGAGGGAUUCCAGAGAGCGUCCAGGGAUCGGGAGAAGCAGCCCAUCUUCUGGGGAAGAGAAUCAGCGUAGCACCAGUGGAGAAGGGGGGCAGAUGGGGGAAGCGGCAAGGCGGUCCCAUGACUCCUUGCCUGGGACCAGCGGGGAGAGUAGGGGUCCUCCGUUGCCCAUGCCCUCCUUGCGCAGAAGGCUUUCGCGCAGAGAGGGUAGGCGGAGACUAGGCGUCAAGGAGCUUCUUUGCUGGAAGAAGUUUAAGAAACGCCCACUGACGGAUUCUGCCAGCGACUGAGUCAGCCACGGGUGAGUGGCGUCCGGACAGAUAAAGUUUACUUUGGCAGCCAGGCCAGGCGUUCGUGCCCAGCCAGGGAGAUAGUUGCCUGCUUACGCACGAGCAACCCCUUAGAAACCUUUACAGCAUGCUUAUGUGAAUUUUCAUUCUCAAGAGAGUGCUCAAGGUGAGACCAGCACAGCCAGCAGAGAUGCUGUAGACUGAACCUGGGACCUUCUGCAUUCAAAGCAUAUGUUCUGCUACCCCUGAGCCAUACAUGCCCAACUCCCCUGAUGAUAAGAAGCAUGGCACAGAGUGAAUUCCUUCUGCACUGAGGUUCCUCUGGCAUGACUGGAAGAAGUUGGCAAAGCAGAUAUCUAAGUAGAUGUGGCUUACAUCUUAAGCCCGUUCUCAUGGUACCAAAAUUCUCAGUCGGAUGUGAGUGCAUUGUAUGGUUUGGAGCAAGCAGUUUAGUGUUUAAUCCAGUGGUGGGAUCCCAUCAAUCCCAGCCAGUGUAGUGCAAUGGUGUGGAAUGGUGAGAGUUGUAGACUAGAGCGUCUGGAGAGCCACAGGUUCCCCAGCCCAGGUUUAAUCGGCUCAUUCGACAGCACUCUAAAUAUGGCACUUCAGAAAGCUGUAUUUGUGAUGAAGCUUUUCAUUUCUUCUUUUCCCUGAUCACUGCCGGGGAUUUAGCAGGUUUUCCAAACACUGGAUGGAACUCAAGUGUCACACUGUGAUGAAUGCACAAGCCUUCCCUCCCAUGUGCUGCUAUGGGGGCUCCCACAACCCCUCAAGCCUGUUUUGGGGGCAUUCAGGAAGGGGUGGAAGCCCCAUUGCGCAAGCAGAAGUCCUUGUGCAAGGCUCAUUUAGGUGAAUCCAUCCUUCCAUGUCCGGAGAAGCCAGGAAAGGCAUUGUCUCCUUUGGGUAAUUCUGCAGGGAAAAGGUGAUACCCACCAUCUGCUGGAAGUAGGAAAAAUGCCAAACAAAUGUAAGGAAAGGGGGCGCUCUCUACUCCCCCCCCCAGCUUUACUUUUUCUCCCUUCCUUUUUGGGCUAAGCUAGAUAUUGGAGUAAACAUACAGCUAGUGCUGGAAACUGCCUUUAGAUGUCUAAUCCCUGCCCCAGCCCCUGGCACGCACUUUGGCAUCCCUGGUAGAAGCUGCAUCCCACAUCGCCCUGCCCCUGCUCCAGAUCUUCAGCUGCUAAUUAGGUAGGGAGGAAAACUCUUCUGGGACAGGGAGAAGAUGUGAUGGGUUCCAUUUUGGGUAGCAGGUGCACAUUUACUGUAAUGUCUAGCUUAGCCCUCUGGGGCUGUACAUGGCUUUACCUUGUGCUUUCCCGAGUCUUUAUUUCCCCCUGUUGCUCUUUCAUACAUGCAUUUCUGUCUACCGAUCUUUCCAUUUCUCCCUCCCUCUCUCUCUCUCGCUCUCUCAUAUGUGUGUCGCUCUUUCUCUCUCUUGGCUGUUUGUCCAACUUUGACAGCUCCCACAUCAUGCCUGGGCACCUUGUGACUCUCUGGACAGGCUGCAACUGUUAGCAUGGGGUAGCAAUGCAAGGACAGGCUCUGGAGCCCAGUCUUCCAUCUUCCAUCUUCCCUCUAGCUCUUACCUUUUCUGCAUCCUCCUCUUCCUCUGUCUCUCUUUUUUUCCUACUGUCCUUUCCUCCCCUCUAGUCCUUUGCCCUACCUGGGAGAAGCCCGUCACGCAACCGAGGUAGCCGCUUCAAUGGGCGACGCAGUAGUGCAAUUGGCAUUGAGAACAUCCAGGAGGAGAAAAGGUACGGACUGGGCUAUAGGGACUUGGAGGACUAGAGGGAGAGGGAUGGCUAGGGAUGGUGGAGAAAUUCGGUUUGCAUCUAUAGGCUAGCUUACCUAAUCAGCACUUUCCUUAACAAUAGGCAGACCAAACCACAGCUUCCCUUAAAAUUUGUGCACCUCUGGACUUUGCAAUGAAGUUCUCCAGUCCAAGUAGUGUGCACAAAAAUACACAGCCUGAGGGGCUAAAGUGUGCGUAGGAAUGCAUGAGUGAAAAGAACAUGCAAAAAUGCUUUAUAUUAGGGAAAAUUGCUUUGCAAAAAAUGUGUAUAUUAGGGGAAUUUUGCUGUAAAAUUCUGGUGCAUUUUCAUAAAAUUCCAUUGAAAUUCCAUUUACAUACAAACUGGUUUUUCAACAACAACAAAUAAUCACAAACUGAUGUGGAAUUGUGGGGAACCGAAAUUAUGAUGGGUGUGUGUGUGAUGAAAUUGAAGCCUAAAUGGAGACACUGGAUAAGACUCAAGGGAAGAGUGGCAGAGAGGAGGGACCACGUGCCUUGAGCCAUAGGCACAUAUCAAAGACAAAGGAUUGUUUGGAAGAGAGGUGAAGGUGGUAUUAUUGAGGCAUCCUUCCCAGUGCUGUCUGCACCCAUUUUGUUUACCUCUUUGUUUCAUCGGAUUUGGUGAAAACCACCAAAAGGACGAUAGUCAAGCUCCAGUACAGGCAGAAGUUCAGGUACAAAUCUCAUUAAAGUCCAAUGGAAGAGGUAGUGACAGUUGUUUAACCUUAGCCGCCGUCAGUUCAUGCACUCAGAACAAAGAGUAUUUUAUGUGUGUAUUGCUCUGUCUCUCUGUAAAAAAUAAAAAUCCCACAACUUCAGUUUUGCCAAAGGGCCAUUGAUUGGGAGGAAGGACAGAACCCAACCCUGCCCUGCCCCUUACAAAUUGUCUGCUGCUGAGUCCCAUCCCCACAAGUCUCACCCUCUUUGGUGGUACACUUAGGCCAUCAUGGAAGCUAGAGCAACAAUUGAAACCACUUAUUAAACACUUAUUAGCAUAAUUUGUGAUUCAGCUGCUGACAAUGACUGAAGUCUGCUUAACAGUGCAAUCUCCAUAUCUACUCAGAAGUGAGUCCCAUUUACUUGUGGGUUAGGGUUAUUUACUCCCCAGGUAAGUGUGUGUCCCUCCGCCCCGAUUUAGCUAUACCUUCUGUGCCACCCCCUUUGUGCCGCCCCCUUUAUCCUGCUGCUCCAGUAAAAUUUGACAGGGUCAUUAAAGCUAAAAGAAGCAAAUGCUGUCAAGAGAUGCCCCCAUGUGUCUUGGGCGGGCAAGGUCUCCUCCGUUUGCUGUCUGUCUGGUCCAAAUCUGGUUUAAAGAUAAGGAAUCAGAAAAAAGGGGACCAGGAGCCGUGAAGUUGCCCUGUGAUAGCAGCACCUAGACAUUCUCCUGAUGUUUCCCUAUAAUGGUGAGAUUGUAUUGCAAUUCUAUUUAAAUUUCAGCAAUUAUUUCUAAAUUUGCAACUUAUACAUGUGAAUUACCAUCUGUAGAUUUGUUCUCAUUUUUUUGCAGUGCAUAACCAGCCAACCUACUCUUAAGUUAUAUGCAUAAUGACCUGGCGAUUCUUUAUUCUGGAGGCUGCAAAGUGCAGCUGGAGCUGCCAUCCUCUCCCAAGACUUUUGGCCUUUAAAGCUCCUGUCCUCCUCAAAAUGAUCAGAGUUAAAAUCUUGAAAGUGAAAUCUGAUGUGCCCUGCAUAUUUGUCAAACCUGUGCUAUAUAUGUAGAUAGGAGAAGGGACCAACCUACUUUCGUGCGACUUUGAGUACACACAGCCUAUAUCUCUGCUUAAAUCUUUCUUUUCGUGAUUAGAGUGCAUUUCAGUUGGAAAGAGAAUUCUAAGUGAGCUAAACCUAAAAACUGUUGUUUCUGCCAAUCAAGAUUCUUCAUCAUGCAGUAUCAUGGGUCUGAAAUGUAUAUAAAAUACAUUUUAGUUUUGACCUGUUAAAUUGGCCUGUUCACCAUAAUUGAGAUUUGGGCUAAGAAUUGGAAAGCCCCAUGAACCAAUGGAAGCAAUAGUGUAAUGAGUUAUGUACUUGGGGGGGGGGGGGGGGGGGGGGGGGGGGGGGGGGUGGGGGGGGGGGGGGGGGGGGGGGGGGGCCGCGCCGGGGGGGGGGGGGGGGGGGGGCGGGGGGAGGGGGGGCCUGUAUAUAGUUGGCAGGAGCCUGAGUGGGGAAAAGAUGGGUCUAGUGCCCCAGAAAUAGCUUGAUUUAACCUUUCUAAAUAAAAUGCUUAAUUCCUUUCAGUAACUCAGCUGCUCCCUCCAAGCAGUGCUGCAGGCUCCAUGGAGAAGGGGAAAGGCAGCAAAGUGGAUGCUCAUCGUUACAGUCCAGUAUGUUCUUCUACUUUUCUUUUCCCCAUGACAUUAAGGAGGCAGGGAGGUGAUUUCAUGGGUUCUUCGUAUACUGGAAAGCAGGGGGGUAAAGGGAAGAAUGCUAAAGAAACUGCCACUUCCUUGUUCCACAGGCCUCCAUUUUGUGCUGUGUGUGAUGUCAUCGCUGGAGGGGUGUCUCAGUGCAUGCUGGGUAAUUCUCAGGUAAUCCACACCCUAGGGAGCCUCGGUGCCCUAGGGUAAGGGGACAAGGGCGAAGAGGGCUCUCUUGGUCACCCUCCGCAUUCCCUGAUGGGAAAACAGGAGGCUGACUUUGUGGCUCUCCCCAGACACACAGGCGGCUCCUGUGUCUUCUCUUCCCAAACCCCUCACACCAAUCUGAACUUCUUUCCCAAGACAACUGCUCUGUGCCCCCAUCACUAACACACCUCCGCUGCAUCUAGCAGGGUCUGCAAGUUUCUUGGCGAAUUCCCCAAGAUCCUUGUUUCCCACAAUGCCCUUUCCCCCCAGCCCCAUCCAUCUCUCUGUGUUACUGCAGCUUUUUUUAUUUUUUUGCGCUCAGUCAUCUCUGCUCACUGGCUAGCUUUGUGCUUCUGUCAAUCUGUUUCCUGCCUCUGUCAUUGAUGGGGAGGUGCAUCCUUCAUUAGUUUGUCUUCAAGAAAGGGGGAGGGACUCCCAAGGACUGUGGAAGCUUUUCAAGGUAAUCAGAUGCCUUUUCCAGGGGGCGAGUUACUUGCCCCCUGAAUGGUACCUGAUCGGACACAAUGAUUAUAUUCUGCCCAGGUUUGUUUCUGUGCAAACAGAACUCAUUGGAUGGUUACUUGUGCCCCACAGCUUUGGUGGCCACAGGAGGUGCCAUAAGAAGCAAAAAACUCAAGAACUGCUCUGAUCAAUUAUAUAUCAAUUUGUAGCUUUGUUCAGAUCCAGUAAAGGUAACCCAACUAACAUGGCUGAAUUUGUCACACACGCUUGUCAGAACACGCUUGCAAAUUGUCCCAGUGGGACUUGGAAAUACGUUGCGUUGAAAUGCUUUUCACCUAAUCAGCCUGGCGGAUCUGAAUAUUGCCCUCUCAGCUGCAUCCAUAUUAUAUUAUGAGAUUGCUUUUCAUGGCUUAAGGGAAAUAAAAAAUUUCUGUAAAAGCUUCCCAUGAGAUUUUGCUCAUCCCUGGUUGUGUGUCUCCAUAUAUGAACUUGGAUUCUUUAUGGAGAUUGCUGGUAAAAGCUGGUUCCCCAGCUGCUGUGCUGCCUGGUAUAGUAUCACUCCGACUCUGGUCUAGGGAAUGUACUUGCCCUUCGUUAGCAUUCACAGAUGGAACUGCUUUGCUUUGUUAAGCUUGACCAAAGGCUGAAGUAUAGGAAGAACAAAGCUGCUUAUAGAAUCAUAGAAUCAUAGAGUUGGAAGAGACCACAAGGGCCAUCGAGUCCAACCCCCUGCCAAGCAGGAAACACCAUCAGAGCACUCCUGACAUAUGGUUGUCAAGCCUCUGCUUAAAGACCUCCAAAGAAGGAGACUCCACCACACUCCUUGGCAGCAAAUUCCACUGUCGAACAGCUCUUACUGUUCCACUGUCGAACAGCUCUUACUGUUCGACUGCUUUGGGGUCCCGUGAUCACAUCUGUCCCUUGAAUCUACUCAGCUGUUAUCAACUUCCCUGUCUGUGCUUGCAGGAUUUGAUGCCAAAGUGAGACCUCAACAGCAGCUCACCCAGAUGUCCGGAGGAGUUGGAUGCUGGACUCCCCAAGAACGCCUGACCUGACCUUUCUGCUUCAUUCAGUGACAGCUGCACCACAGGCAGUAAGGAAACCAACCACAAAAGUCCAAAUCGUGGCAUUCGCUCACCCACAUGUGUCAUUCUAGUUCAGCAACCUCAGGAGAUCAGAAAGUCAAGAGGGGGGAACAGGGGUCUCCUGCCAUAGUUUCAGAAACAAACAAGAGGAGAGAGAUCUUUCUGUCUGUCCUCAUAACUGCUAAAAUGUAAAAACCCAAGAUGUGCCCCCACAGGGCCUUCUUAGGAAGGCUGUGUUUGUACCCAUUCUUCUGAGCACAGGCUUUAUAAAACUAAGGAAUGAAAGCCCUUAUCACUCUAAGGAUGGCACCUGGUAUGUGAGAGCU